CCUCUGCACUCCCACCGGAGGUACCACAGUGACUACAGCUCGUCCAGUGAGAGCCCCUCUGUAGCUUCUUCUGACACAGACUACAGACAAGGUAGCAUUUAUUUUUUAUUUUUUAUUUCACCUUUAUUUAACCAGGUAAGCCAGUUGAGAACAAGUUCUCAUUUACAACUGCGACCUGGCCAAGAUAAAAGCAAAGCAGUGCGAUUUAAAAACAACAACAACAACACAGAGUUACAUAUGGGGUAAAACAAAACAUAAAGUCAAAAAUACAAACAGAAAAUAUAUAUACAGUGUGUGCAAAUGUAGCAAGUUAUGGAGGUAAGGCAAUAAAUAGGCCAUAGUGCAAAAUAAUUACAAUUAGUAUUAACACUGGAAUGAUAGAUGUGCAAGAGAUGAUGUGCAAAUAGAGAUACUGGGGUGUAAAUGAGCAAAAUAAAUAACAAUAUGGGGAUGAGGUAGUUGGGUGGGCUAAUUUCAUUCAUAUUCAUAUCAUUCAAGCCAGUCCUUUUAACUUUAAAAUACAAAAUUACAUGUUUGUUACGCACAAGGUGUUUCAAAUUCCACAGCAAAAGAGGAACAUGUGCCGUUGAAUGUAGAUUUAUUAUGAGUCCUGGAUCUUAAAGCCAGAGCUGACUAUGCACUUCACGUCCCCCUCAUCUUGGAAACGAAAUUAUAAACAGCUUAACUGCAGCACCAGAAACCUCACUGACACACAAAGCUGCUGUCAUCUUGAGCAACUGUUAGGUCUUUCGAAAACGCUCACCGUAGGAUCUUGAGCAACUGAUAGAUAUUGUUAGAUAUUACUUGUUAGAUAUUACUGCACUGUCGGAGCUAGAAGCACAAGCAUUUCGCUACACCCGCUAUAACAUCUGCUAAACACGUGUAUGUGACAAAUAACAUUUGAUUUGAUUUGAACUGUUAGAUCUUUUGGAAAACGCUCACCCGUAGCCUAGUUCUUUGAAUGUGUGAUACUCCUGGCUCUGUUCUGGUUUCACCAUCACUACUCGGCCAACUCCCUCUGAUUCUGCUGCCCGCUGGAGCCUGCUGUUGAUCAUGUGAUGGAUCUUUUACAUCUUUCUUUCUUCUGUUUCAGCUAAGAAAACAGAGGAAGUGAGACGCUACAGCUCCCAGUUGGCUCUCUCAGACCAUCACGGCGCGUCUCUCACCAGCCACAACACGCACAGGCACAGGUACGUCCCUGUUAACAAUUACACUUGAGAUGGAGGCAUGUCCGUUCCCAGUAAAAGAUUCACCUGGGCCUUGUUCAUUAAGAUACGCAGUGGAAGAAAACAGUCCGAAACAGGGAGGCACUAUCUGAACUUGUCCUAUAGCAAAGGCUCCUUUUUUCAUUUUUCAUUACACAAUGUUUAAAAAAAAGUUGCGCUAUGGUGUGCCUUAAUGAAAACAACCUUUCACCUGAGCGCUCUCUCUGUGACUUUCUCCCCUCUCACAUUCCUAGUGUCCAGUCAAGCCAAAAGUCUGAGUCCUGCAAUAGCAACGUGUGUGUGUGUGUACACCAAAAGUAUGUGAUUACCUGUUCAAAUGAGUGGAUUUGGCUAUUUCAGCCACACCCGUUGCUGACGGGUGUAUAAAAUUGAGCACACCGCCAUGCAAUCUCCAUAGACAAACAUUGGCUGUAGAAUGGCCUUACUGAAGAGCUCAGUGACUUUCAACGUGGCACCGUCAUAGGAUGCCACCUUUCCAACAAGUCCGUUAAUCACAUUUCUGCCCUGCUAGAGCUGCCCCGGUCAACUGUAAGUGCUGUUAUUGUGAAGUGAAUACAUCUAGAAGCAACAACGGCUAGGCUGCGAAAUGGUAGGCCACACAAGCUCACAGAACAGGCCCGCCGAAUGCUGAAGCGCGUAGCGCAUUAAAAUCGUCUGUUCUCUGAUGCAACACUGACUACCGAGUUCCAAAUUGCCUCUGGAAGCAACGCCAGCACAAGUACUGUUCGUCGGAAGCUUCAUGAAAUGUGUUUCCAUGGCCGAGCAGCCGCACACAAGCCUAAGAUCACUAUGCGCAAUGCCAGGCGUCGGCUGGAGUGGUGUAAAGCUCGCCGCCAUUGGACUCUGGAGUAGUCGAAACGCGUUCUCUGGAGUGAUGAAUCAUGCUUCACCAUCUGGCAGUCCGACGGAGGAAUCUUGAGUUUGGCGGAUGCCAGUAGAAACGCUACCUGCCCCAAUGCAUAGUGCCAACUGUAAAGUUUGGUUGAGGAGGAAUAAUGGUCUGGGGCUGUUUUUCAUGGUUCGGGCUAGUUCCAGUGAAGGGAAAUCUUAACGCUACAGCAUACAAUGACAUUCUAGACGAUUCUAUGCUUCCAAAUUGUGGCAACAGUUUGGGGAAGGCCCUUUCCUGUUUCAGCAUGACAAUGCCCCCGUGCACAAAUCGAGGUCCAUACAGAAAUGGUUUGUCUAUCUGUGUGGAAGAACUUGACUGGCCUGCACAGAGCCCUGACCUCAACCCCAUCGAACACCUUUGGGAUGAAUUGGAACGCCGACUGCGAGCCAGGCCUAAUCGGCCAACAUCAGUGUCUGACCUCACUAAUGCUCUUGUGGCUGAAUGGAAGCAAGUCCCCGCAGCAAUGUUCCAACAUCUAGUGGAAAGCCUUCCCAGAAGAGUGGAGGCUGUUGUAGCAGCAAAGGGGGGACCGACUCCAUAGUAAUGGCAGUGAUUUUGGAAUAAGAUGUUUGACGAGCAGGUGUCCACAUACUUUUGAUCAUGUAGUUUAUAUACCCUGGCCCAGGAUAGACACCUGUUAAUGUUCAGCUAAAGGAUCUCCGCUGUUCUCAUGCCGCUCACGACUGGGAAAACGGAGAGGUGUGUCGUAGUUGAGGUAUGGAAACACGUCCCUCUACUUGGAAGUCAGUCCGAGUUGAGUUAUUUAUCAGGAAUCAUAGAAGGUAAAUCAUCCUGUCACGUUUUCAGUUAUUACUGUUCCUGAAGGGUAAUGUUUUUUUUGUUUGUUUUUUUAACUUCCUGAAGCAGCCUUGCCUGUUAGCUGUACGAUGUUUAAUCUGUGGCCCUACUUCACCCCCUGCUGGCUAAGUUAAUGUAUAAGCUGGCUCUAUGUUCUAGUCUAGGGGUGUCUCAGAAAUAGCACACUUUUCCCUAAAUAGUGCCCUGGUCAAAAGUAGUGCACUAUAUAGGGAAUGUGGUGCCAUUGGGGACUCCUACUAGUAGUGGGCCAUAGUAGUGUGUGUGUGUGUGUGUGUGUGUGUGUGUGUGUGUGUGUGUGUGUGUGUGUGUGUGUGUGUGUGUGUGUGUGUGUGUGUGUGGUCAUGGUAACAUCAAUCGGCUGCAGGCUGUAGUGUGGGGUGGUAGGUUAAUCAGUGCCAGUAUGAUUUCAUAAUUGAUCCUGUGUGCAGACAGACAGUUUGGGCACAGGACCACAGAGGGGAUUGACACACACUCACCAAACAGCUGGGUCGGGUCACAUGCCUGUGCACUGAUGUGAAAACCCCAUCCAGCACUGAUCUCACUCUAAUCUUUGGCAUCACACUGUGUGUGUGUGUACUAAUACCAGCCCAAACCAGUCGUGACAUUUAUGCUAAAAGGAAAUCAUGGCAGAGCAAUGAUCCUCUGUCCUCAUGCCUUUUUAGUUUGUACUGAUAUGUUCUGGCGCUUUAGAUUUUAGUGAUACAGUGCAUUCAGAAAGUAUUCAGACCCCUUGACUUUUUCCAGAUUUUUUGUUACAUUACAGCCUUAUUAUAAAAUUGAUUAAAUAGUUAUUUUUUCUCAUGAUUCUACACACAAUACCCCAUAAUGUCAAAGCAAAAGUUAUUUUUUUUAUGUAAAAAAUUAAAAACGUUUACAGAAGUAUUCAGACCCUUUACUCAGUACUUUGUUGAAGCACCUUUGGCAGCGAUUACAGCCUCGAGUCUUCUUGGGUAUGACGCUACAAGCUUGGCACACCUGUAUUUGGUGAGUUUCUCCCAUUUUUCUCUGCAGAUCCUCUCAAGCUCUGUCAGGUUGGAUGGGGAGUGUCGCUGCACAGCUAUUUUCAGGUCUCCAGAGAUGUUCGAUCGGGUUCAAGUCUGGGCUCUGGCUGGGCCCACUCAAGGACAUUCAAAAACUUGUCCCGAAGCCACUCCUGCGUUACCUUGGCUGUGUGCCUAGGGUCGUUGUCCUGUUGGAAGGUGAACCUUCACCCCAGUCUGUGGUCCUGAGUGCUCUGGAGCAGGUUUUCAUCAAGGAUCUCUCUGUACUUUGCUCCGUUCAUCUUUCUCUCGAUCCUGACUAGUCUCCUAGUCCCUGCUGCUGAAAAACAUACCCACAGUAUGAUGUUGCCACCACCAUGCUUCACCAUAGGGAUGGUGCCAGGUUUCCUCCAGAUGUGACGCUUGGCAUUCAGGCCAAAGUGUUCCAUCUUGGUUUCAUCCGACCAGAGAAUCUUAUUUCUCAUGGUCUGGGAGUCCUUUAGGUGCCCUUUGCCAAACUCCAAGCGGGCAGUCAUGUGCUUUUUUCUGAGGAGUGCCUUCCGUCUGGCCACUCUACCAUAAAGGCCUAACUGGUGAAGUGCUGCAAAGAUGGUUGUCCUUCUGGACGGGUCUCCCAUCUCCACAGAGGAACUCUGGAGCUCUGUCGAGAAUGACCAAGGCCCUUCUCCCCCGAUUACUCAGUUUGGCUGGGCGGCCAGCUCUAAGAAGAGUCUUGGUGGUUCCAAACUUCUUCCAUUUAAGAAUGAUAGAGGCCACUGUGUUCUUGGAGACUUUCAAUGCUGCAGAAAUGUUUGGGUACCCUUCCCCAGAUCUGUGCCUCGACACAAUCCUGUCUCGGAGCUCUACGGACAAUUCCUUCGACCUCGUGGCUUGGUUUUUUUCUCUGACAUGCACUGUCAACUGUAGGAGCUUAUAUAGACAGGUGUGUGCCUUUCCAAAUAAUCUCCAAUCAUUUUAAUUUACCACAGGUGGACUCCAAUUAAGUUGUAGAAACAGCUAAAUGAUGAUCAACGGAAACAGGAUGCACCUGAGCUCAAUUUCGAGUCUCAUAGCAAAGGGUCUGAAUACUUAUGUAAAUAAGGUAUUUCUGGUUUAUUUAUUUUUAUUCUAAAAACCUGUUUUUGCUUUAUCAUUAUGAGGUAUUGUGUGUCGAUUGAUGCGGGAAAACCCAAUUAAUUUAAUACAUUUUAGAAUAAGGCUGUAACGCCACAAAAUGUGGAGAAGGGGUCUGAAUACUUUCCGAAUGCACUGUAUGAACAUAGCACUUUAGAUUUUCCGCAUUUAACCCAACCCCUCUGAAUCAGAGGUGCGGAGGGCUGCCUUAAUCCACAUCCACGUCUUCGGCACCCGGGGAACACCAGGUGAAAGCUAUGAUCCCUUAUUGAUGUCACUUGUUAAAUCCACUUCAAUCAGUGUAGAUGAAGGGGAGGAGACAGGUUAAAUAAGGAUUUUUAAGCCUUGAGACAAUUGAGACAUAUAUUGUACAUGUGUCAUUCAGAGGGUGAAUGGGCAAGACAAAAUAUUUAAGUGCCUUUGAACGGGGUAUGGUAGCAGGUGCCAGGCGCACCGGUUUGUGUCAAGAACUGCAACGCUGCUGUGUUUUUCAUGCUCAACAGUUUCCUGUGUGUAUCAAGAAUGGUCCACCACCGAAAGGACAUCCAGCCAACUUGACACUAACUGUAAGAUUGGAGUCAACAUGGGCCAGCAUCCCUGUGGAACGCUUUUCGACACCUUGUAGAGUCCAUGCCCUGACGAAAAAACGAGCAUAUUCUGAGGGCAACUCAAUAUUAGGAAGGUGUUCUUAAUGUUUUGUACACUCUGUGUAUGUGCUUGUCUAGGUCAUGUAGAGUAAGGAAUCAUGGCAGUUCUAUGCAUCUUAUUUCUAUGUCCUCCCCAUGCAGGCUGUAGGAAGGGGCUGCACACAGAUAUGAAUGUCUGUAAUGUAUAGUAGGGAAUCAAUCGUGUCAGUUUUAAAUUUCUAUCCGUUUCCCCCCCCCCCCCCCCCCCCCCCCCCAGGCGGUAUGAGGGUGCAGCAGACGAGGGUCUGAUGCUCCAGAGACGGGAGGAUGAGGUUCAGAGGCUCCAGGCUAACAGGCUGUCCAGGGCAUCCCUCUACCCAGGGGACGACCCCCGAGCCAGCCUCUACCCCGGGGAUGAGCCCCUGGCCUUGGCCCUGGCCCUGGCACGCACCUCCAUGCUGGAUCUCCGGGACCCUCUCAAUGCAACGCUACCACACCACCGCAAGCCUAAGGUAGCCUACCGCAUGACAAACCUAAGGGUAGCUACCGCAUGACAAACCUAAUGGUAGCCUACCUACAUCUCAGGACUAGAUCUAGACCAAUGCUGUCUCUUUGUGAAACGGCUGUUGUAUGAUUUUUGUUGUUGUUGUUGUUGUUGAUGGGAGUACAAGUAGGCCUAACAUUGUACACCACGACAUGGCGCAGUCUGUGUGCGUAACCUCUUCCUACUCUGUCUCUCUUCCCCAUUGCAGAAUUUCUUUGGUCCUGAAUUUGUGAAGAUGACCAGCGAGCCAUGUGUUGCCUUAACUGUUCCCUCUUCAAUAAUGGUAAGACUCCUCGAGACGUUUGGCGCAGGAUACUAGUGGAGCCGGUGGUUGUGGGAGUGAGGGUUAUGUCAGUGUAGCGGAAUGCAGCCUUGUUCUCCUCUAGCCCUGGGUUCAAACAGAAAGCCUUGUUCUCCUCUAGCCCUGGGUUCAAACAGAAAGCCUUGUUCUCCUCUAGCCCUGGGUUCAAACAGAAAGCCUUGUUCUCCUCUAGCCCUGGGUUCAAACAGAAAGCUUUCAUUUCAAUCCUUUAGCUCUGCUUGAUUGAGCUGGCCUGGCUGCAAUGGAACCAAUGAAACCCUGCUCACCUAGCAGCUCCAGGCAUGCUCAAUCAAACUCUCUCAAACUAUAAAAAAAAAAAACCCACCACAUCCUAUUUUAACCCCGCUCUGGAGAGGAGAGAUCCCAGGUCUGGUGGUCAGUACAAUGUAAUGGAUCUCUCCUGGUCAGUACAGUGUAAUGGAUCUCUCCUGGUCAGUACAGUGUAAUGGAUCUCUCCUGGUCAGUACAGUGUAAUGGAUCUCUCCUGGUCAGUACAGUGUAAUGGAUCUCUCCUGGUCAGUACAGUGUAAUGGAUCUCUCCUGGUCAGUACAGUGUAAUGGAUCUCUCCUGGUCAGUACAGUGUAAUGGAUCUCUCCUGGUCAGUACAGUGUAAUGGAACUCUCCUGGUCAGUACAGUGUAAUGGAUCUCUCCUGGUCAGUACAGUGUAAUGGAUCUCUCCUGGUCAGUACAGUGUAAUGGAUCUCUCCUGGUCAGUACAGUGUAAUGGAUCUCUCCUGGUCAGUACAGUGUAAUGGAUCUCUCCUGGUCAGUACAGUGUAAUGGAUCUCUCCUGGUCAGUACAGUGUAAUGGAUCUCUCCUGGUCAGUACAGUGUAAUGGAUCUCUCCUGGUCAGUACAGUGUAAUGGAUCUCUCCUGGUCAGUACAGUGUAAUGGAUCUCUCCUGGUCAGUACAGUGUAAUGGAUCUCUCCUGGUCAGUACAGUGUAAUGGAUCUCUCCUGGUCAGUACAGUGUAAUGGAUCUCUCCUGGUCAGUACAGUGUAAUGGACCUCUCCUGGUCAGUACAGUGUAAUGGACCUCUCCUGGUCAGUACAGUGUAAUGGACCUCUCCUGGUCAGUACAGUGUAAUGGAUCUCUCCUGGUCAGUACAGUGUAAUGGAUCUCUCCUGGUCAGUACAGUGUAAUGGAUCUCUCCUGGUCAGUACAGUGUAAUGGAUCUCUCCUGGUCAGUACAGUGUAAUGGAUCUCUCCUGGUCAGUACAGUGUAAUGGAUCUCUCCUGGUCAGUACAGUGUAAUGGAUCUCUCCUGGUCAGUACAGUGUAAUGGAUCUCUCCUGGUCAGUACAGUGUAAUGGAUCUCUCCUGGUCAGUACAGUGUAAUGGAUCUCUCCUGGUCAGUACAGUGUAAUGGAUCUCUCCUGGUCAGUACAGUGUAAUGGAUCUCUCCUGGUCAGUACAGUGUAAUGGAUCUCUCCUGGUCAGUACAGUGUAAUGUAAUGGAUCUCUCCUGGUCAGUACAGUGUAAUGGACCUCUCCUGGUCAGUACAGUGUAAUGGACCUCUCCUGGUCAGUACAGUGUAAUGGAUCUCUCCUGGUCAGUACAGUGUAAUGGACCUCUCCUGGUCAGUACAGUGUAAUGGACCUCUCCUGGUCAGUACAGUGUAAUGGACCUCUCCUGGUCAGUACAGUGUAAUGGACCUCUCCUGGUCAGUACAAUGUCCCAUCUCUCACCCUCUAUUACCCCUCGCUUUCUCUCGCUCUCAGAACAAGCGUGGGAAGCUGGAUGAGGUCCAGAGGAAGGUGGGGGUGGUUCUGCUGAACGGCCAGAAGCUGGAGCUGAGCUGUGACAUCAAGGCUGUGUGUAAGGACGUGUUGGACAUGGUGGUGGCUCACGUUGGACUUGUGGAACACCACCUCUUUGGCCUUGCCUGCCUCACAGGUACGGAAUGGGUGGAGACGGUUCAUCCUGUGUGUGUGUGUGUCUGGUUGUCAGGGGCAGACUGGGACAAGAAUUCGGCCAUGGCAUUUUAACCACACUAGGCCACAUCCCUGCGCGCGCCGCCAACUUUUCCCACAAUUGCAUUUUGAAACGUUAUAUGAUCAGAACGCAUUUUUCUCUGGAGCGCAUGCGGGGAGAGGAGAGUGGCUCACUCAUCACAGCAGCAGACGACAGCACAGGGGCUGGGAAGACACUUUUAUUACAGGAAUCAUGGAUGAUAAUGCACUUUACUGUUUGAAGAAAUUAUGCUUUUAGCCCCCCCAAAAAACAGCAAGUUUUGAGUGAGGUGACCUUUUUUUACGUUUAUAGGCACCCUUAUCGUUUUUUUACCAUCCAUUUUCUUGGCUGUCAAACUGAUGAGAGUCGGAGCAGGUCUCUUUGCUGAUGCUGCGUUUGACUUUGAAUGUGAGUUUGUGUGACCUCAGCUCAGCCUAUCAGAAGACCGGGCCGGCCCAUCUUGGUAGGGGGGCGGCUGUUGCCCACUGAUCAGCCAAAGUAUCAUUAUACAUUAUUAUAACAGAGAAUUUGUUGUUGUUAUUCUUUUUUGUGUGUCAAUUUCGACCAGCCCACCCAACAAUAAAAUGGUCCAGCCCAUCUGGUGUUUGCCAGAAAUGCCAUAUAACCAAUCCGCCCCUGCUGGGUGUGCACUCUUCUGCUGUCCCAUAUAAACCAAAAUCCAGACACUUGUUGAUUUCAAGUUUCUUUAGUUAUUUUCAGUGUGUCUGUGCAAGGGUCCAGCUCAUGCUUAUUUAUUCAUAUGUUAUCACUCUAUCUCUCCCUCCCUCCCUCUCUCCCUCUCCCCUCCGUCUCUCCUCCCUCCCUCCCUCUCUCCCUCUCCCCUCCCUCUCUCCCUCUUCCCUCCCUCUCUCCCUCUCCCCUCCCUCUCUCCUCCCUCCCUCCCUCCCCUCCCUCCCUCCCUCCCUCCCUCCCUCCCUCCCUCCCUCCCUCCCUCCCUCCAUCCCUCCUCCCUCUCUCCUCCCUCCCUCUCCCCUCCGUCUCUCCUCCCUCCCUCCCUCCCUCCUCUCCCUCUUUCCCUCCCUCCCUCCAUCCCUCCUCCCUCUCCCUCUCUCCUCCUCUAACCUGCUUCCCUCUCUCCCCCUCCUCUCUCUGCUCCCUCCCCCUCUCCUCCCUCCCUCUCUCCUCUCCCUCUUUCCUCCCUCUCUCCUCCCUCUCUCCUCCCUCCCUCCCUCUCUCCUCCCUCUCUCCCUCUCCCCUCCCUCUCCCUCCCUCCCUUCUCUCCUCCCUCCCUCCAUCCCUCCUCCCUCUCCCUCUCUCCUCCUCUACCAUGCUUCCUCUCUCCCCCUCCUCUCUCUGCUCCCGCCCCCUCCUCACCUCCCUCUGUGUCUUCAUCUAGACAAUGAGUUCUUCUUCGUUGAUCCCGAUGCCAAGCUGUCCAAAGUUGCUCCUGAGGGGUGGAAGGAAGAACCCAAGAAGAAGAAACCAGACGUCCAGUUUAACCUGUUCCUACGCAUCAAGUUCUUUCUGGAUGACGUCAACCUCAUACAGUAAGACCGUGGGAAUAUUCAAAAAGCUUCUCAGAGUAUGAGUGAUGAUCAAGGAUCGCUUUUGCCUUUAUCUUCUGUAGCUCAGUUGGUAGAGCAUGGCAGUUGUAAUGCCAGGGUAGUUGGUUCGAUUCCCAGGACCACCCGUAUGUAAAAUGUAUGCACGCAUGACUGUAGGUCGCUUUGGAUAAAAGCGUCUGAUAAAUGACAGAUUUAUUAUUAUUAUAUUAGAUCAUAAUGAAUACGUUUAUAUGGAUGAAUUCCAGAGGUAAAUUUAUAUAUCCUAGAUCCGCACUCCUACUCUAACAUGCUUUAUGAAUAUAUGGACCCUGGUCCCAGAUCUGUGCUAAGCACGGCAACAACCAUUAAUAUGGACCCUGGUCCCAGAUCUGUGCCAAGCACGGCAACAACCAUAAAUAUGGACCCUGGUCCCAGAUCUGUGCCAAGCACGGCAACAACCAUAAAUAUGGACCCUGGUCCCAGAUCUGUGCCAAGCACGGCAACAACCAUUAAUAUGGACCCUGGUCCCAGAUCUGUGCCAAGCACGGCAACAACCAUUAAUAUGGACCCUGGUCCCAGAUCUGUGCCAAGCACAGCAACAACCAUUAAUAUGGACCCUGGUCCCAGAUCUGCCAAGCACGGCAACAACCAUUAAUAUGGACCCUGGUCCCAGAUCUGUGCCAAGCACGGCAACAACCAUUAAUAUGGACCCUGGUCCCAGAUCUGUGCCAAACACGGCAACAACCAUUAAUAUGGACCCUGGUCCCAGAUCUGUGCCAAGCACGGCAACAACCAUUAAUAUGGACCCUGGUCCCAGAUCUGUGCCAAGCACGGCAACAACCAAUAGGACUAUACAUCACAAACCGAUCUGGGACCAGGCUACUCAGAGCCUUUAGCUGAAGUGAAACUAGCCCUUAGUUAAACAACAAUAGCCUACUUCAGAAUAAAGUAUCAAUACUGUGCUCCACUCCAGGCACACCAUGACAAAACAUCAGUACUACUUGCAGCUGAGGAAGGAUAUCUUGGAGGAGAGGGUGUGCUGUGACAUGGAGAAUGCCAUGCUCCUGGCAUCUCUGGCUCUUCAGGCAGAGUUUGGCGACUACCAGGCAGAGGUAGUUAUCCCUCUACAGUAGUAGUAUAGUUUAUUAUACAUUGUUUACGACAUUUACAUAAUGGGGUGGUUUCCAAGACCAUAUUAAGCCAUUCCUGGACUAAAAAGUGCUUUCAGUUGAGACUCUCCAUUGAACAUGCCUUUUAGUUCGGGAGUAGGCCUAAUCUGGAACCAGGAAGCCGACCAACCCUAUGUGAGGGCUACAAUUAUACCAUCUGUUUCUUCUAGCUCCAUGGAAAAACGUACUUCAGACUGGAACAUUACAUGUCCGCCUCUGCGCUGGAUAAUAUUGACCAGAGCUCCAUCAAGGAAGAACUGCUGAAACUACACAGCACAUACUAUGGAGCCACAGAGACAGAGACUGAGUUUGAGUUCCUCAAGGUAAGGGCCAAGAUGGUCCCAGAUUUGUUUGUUCUGUCUUGCCAACUUGAUAACAGAUCUGGGACCAGGCUUCAAGAUGGCGUGACUGUGCUACUACGUCAAAUGACAUAAAGAUGCUGUAAUAUCAAGGGGGUGGAAACUUUUUUUUGCUGAUAAGAUGAUGAUUGUGAUUGUGAUCGAUCCCUGUCUUGAGUUAAACUCCUUUUAUCCUGUGUUUUCUCCUGAAGGAGAGCCAGAGGCUGACAGAGUACGGGGUUCACUUCCACCGCGUCCUCCCUGAGAAGCGGUCCCAGACAGGUAUCAUGCUAGGGGUCUUCUCCAAGGGUGUCCUCAUCUUUGAGGUCUUGAAUGGAAACAGAACCCCGGUACUAAGGUUCCCCUGGAGAGAAACCAAGAAGAUCUCUUUCACAGUAAGUGCAUGGCUCUCUGAAGUCUUAGAUUUGAAAUAUGGGUUCCCUAGUCCUAGUUUAGUGUCCCCUGUUACUCUGCAUUGCUUUGUAAUUUUUCUCUCACUCAUUUGUAUGCUGUUUAUUCUGUCGGGUGUAUUUCUCUCACUCACUGCAUUUUAAAUCAUGCCCUGCUUUCUGCUGCUAUUCAACAUUUCUCUCACUCACUUUUAUCCUUUUCUCUCACUCACUUUUCUGAUCCUGCUGUUUCUCUGCAGAAGAAGAAGAUCUGUCUUCAGAACACAUCAGACGGGAUCAAACACCUAUUCCAGACAGACAGCAACAAGACCUGUCAGUACCUGCUACACCUCUGCUCUGCUCAGCACAAGUUCCACCUCCAGAUGAAGGCCCGACAGAACAACCAGGAGCUGCAGGACUUGGGUGAGACAGAGGGAGAUGGUGAAAUAACGACAGCAUGUCGACAUGAGCUUUGUCACAUCAUCUUAAACAAUGAAAAAAACCUGAACUGAUUCUGAUUAGACCUAAUUAUGGGCUGGAGACAGUCAUUUUACUAACACUUGACCUUAUUUUUUACACUUCAGUUAUAUUAAUUAUUGUAUAAGAUUUGUCAAUUGGGUUUAAGACCCCCUGAUAAUGUCUUCUCAUAAUGUCCUCUCCGGUACUUCUCCCUGUUCCACAGAGAACUCUCCACUGAGCCUCCUGCAGUACUCUCUGGGCCAGGGGGGGGUGGAGGGGAUCGGGAGGGCAGUGAGCUCUGCCAGCCUGACUCCUAGCUCCUCAGCCCGUUCCGCCCACUCAGACUCAGACCUGAAGAGGAUCUCCUACUCAGAGGUAAGUGAUGUUUUACAUCUUUUGAAAUCCCUGGUCCCAAUCCCCAGUCCUCUAUGUCCUUUGUGGUGUGUAGUUUUAAUUGCAUCCAUUUUUGUGAAAAAACAAUAGCAAAAGCUUAUUGUUACCUCAGGUGGCACUGAACAAGGCCCCUGGCAGCCGGUUCCAUGCCCAGGAGGAGGUGCUCUUCCCUGGGUUAAACUCUGUCCUCGGCCCCUACCACCACCACCACCCCUCCAAUGCCCGGCUAAUGAUGAGCAGAUCACACCACAACCUGGGCCAGGUAUGACGCUAUUUAUUCAUGCUAUGUUACGGAGGUCUAUGGCGCUUUUUAUGGCUCCUGACUUUGUCUUUUUAUUUUUGUUGUGCGUGUUUUUGGUCUGCUGCUGUAUGACGUUACAAUUAAUAAAGUUCCAUCCAAGCAGAUACUGCUAUUCAAGUAUUUAUCUAUCCAUUUAUGGCUCUAUCCAGGUGCCUGAAUCUCCAGAGCACCGUGCGGUCCCCUUCAACAGCCAGUCCCAGUCUGCUGUGAACCACGCCCAGCUCCUGGACUCCCACCACCGAGCCAGCUCGGACACAGACUCCAUCUCUGUAGCUCACCAGCAGGACAUGUGAGUCACCUAGCCCCUAAGUGCUCACCUAAGCCUCUUUAGUAAAUGGAGGGACCAUCCGAUGAUCCAAAAAACUAGCCCUGAUAUUGAUUUGGAAGAUGGAUUACUGUAUAUUUUACGAUAAAGAUAAAACAUUUAUUUUAGGAAAAUGGCAUGUUUGGGUCUAAUCAAAUGAUCACAUUUUGAUUUGUCACGUGCUUCGUAGUCCUGACUGAGCGGAUCUUAGAACAGGGCAAGGCAGGGGUUGCCACCUUCAGCACCACAGCAGACUCAUUACUGUGUAAUGGCUCUUCAUUCCUCUGUCUGUGGAUCACUGAGUGUUCUAGUCUUUGUCUAGUCAUGCCUUUAAUUAGCCCUCUAGGGGAGGGGAGGGGAGGGCCUGCCUGCCUGCCUGCCUGCCUGUCUGCCUGCCUGCCUGUCUGCCUGCCAACCUGCCUGGUUCAGUGCUGAGUUGACAGUACUCUCUGUCUUCCCUCAUCUCUUCCUCCUGGUUCAGUGCUGAGUUGACAGUACUCUCUGUCUUCCCUCAUCUCUUCCUCCUGGUUCAGUGCUGAGUUGACAGUACUCUCUGUCUUCCCUCAUCUCUUCCUCCUGGUUCAGUGCUGAGUUGACAGUACUCUCUGUCUUCCCUCAUCUCUUCCUCCUGGUUCAGUGCUGAGUUGACAGUACUCUCUGUCUUCCCUCAUCUCUUCCUCCUGGUUCAGUGCUGAGUUGACAGUACUCUCUGUCUUCCCUCACCUCUUCCUCCUGGUUCAGUGCUGAGUUGACAGUACUCUCUGUCUUCCCUCAUCUCUUCCUCCUGGUUCAGUGCUGAGUUGACAGUACUCUCUGUCUUCCCUCACCUCUUCCUCCUGGUUCAGUGCUGAGUUGACAGUACUCUCUGUCUUCCCUCAUCUCUUCCUCCUGGUUCAGUGCUGAGUUGACAGUACUCUCUGUCUUCCCUCAUCUCUUCCUCCUGGUUCAGUGCUGAGUUGACAGUACUCUCUGUCUUCCCUCACCUCUUCCUCCUGGUUCAGUGCUGAGUUGACAGUACUCUCUGUCUUCCCUCAUCUCUUCCUCCUGGUUCAGUGCUGAGUUGACAGUACUCUCUGUCUUCCCUCAUCUCUUCCUCCUGGUUCAGUGCUGAGUUGACAGUACUCUCUGUCUUCCCUCAUCUCUUCCUCCUGGUUCAGUGCUGAGUUGACAGUACUCUCUGUCUUCCCUCAUCUCUUCCUCCUGGUUCAGUGCUGAGUUGACAGUACUCUCUGUCUUCCCUCACCUCUUCCUCCUGGUUCAGUGCUGAGUUGACAGUACUCUCUGUCUUCCCUCACCUCUUCCUCCUGGUUCAGUGCUGAGUUGACAGUACUCUCUGUCUUCCCUCACCUCUUCCUCCUGGUUCAGUGCUGAGUUGACAGUACUCUCUGUCUUCCCUCAUCUCUUCCUCCUGGUUCAGUGCUGAGUUGACAGUACUCUCUGUCUUCCCUCAUCUCUUCCUCCUGGUUCAGUGCUGAGUUGACAGUACUCUCUGUCUUCCCUCACCUCUUCCUCCUGGUUCAGUGCUGAGUUGACAGUACUCUCUGUCUUCCCUCAUCUCUUCCUCCUGGUUCAGUGCUGAGUUGACAGUACUCUCUGUCUUCCCUCAUCUCUUCCUCCUGGUUCAGUGCUGAGUUGACAGUACUCUCUGUCUUCCCUCAUCUCUUCCUCCUGGUUCAGUGCUGAGUUGACAGUACUCUCUGUCUUCCCUCACCUCUUCCUCCUGGUUCAGUGCUGAGUUGACAGUACUCUCUGUCUUCCCUCACCUCUUCCUCCUGGUUCAGUGCUGAGUUGACAGUACUCUCUGUCUUCCCUCACCUCUUCCUCCUGGUUCAGUGCUGAGUUGACAGUACUCUCUGUCUUCCCUCAUCUCUUCCUCCUGGUUCAGUGCUGAGUUGACAGUACUCUCUGUCUUCCCUCACCUCUUCCUCCUGGUUCAGUGCUGAGUUGACAGUACUCUCUGUCUUCCCUCACCUCUUCCUCCUGGUUCAGUGCUGAGUUGACAGUACUCUCUGUCUUGUUGUAUCUCUUCCCUCAUCUCUUCCUCCCACCAGAUUUAGUUUGGGGCUUUUUGGAAUGGAACGGCCUUCUGCAUACUUUAAAAGGCCCAUGAACUAGAACAGAAAAACGGGCUUCAUAUUAACAUAAUGUUAAUUAGUGAAGGGGUUUGAUGUAUUCAGCCACAGUCUCUGUUUUUGAUUUGUUUUUUGCUUCCAGCCGGAUUGCUAACUACAUCUGAAUAUGGACUUUAUUCUAUCUCUUCUAAUACAGCGGUGUAGUUUGGGCUGUCCCAGACCAGUUUAACCCCCCCCCCCCCCCCCCCCCCCCCCCCCCCAGAUUGAAUGAUAACAAAAAUAUCAUACUCUGUAGAGGGUGUUAAUGUUCUUUCUCCUUCCUUUUUCUGUCUCCGUCUCUCUCUCUCUCUGUCUCUGUCUCUCUCUCUCUCCUCAACAGAGGGUUUGGCUCCUCAGCGUCGCACGGCAGCCCCGCCUGGAGCCUUAAGAGCUUCCAGAAAGAGUCUGACUCCUCCUCCAUCGAAGAGACGGGACAUGCUUAUGUCGUAGGUCAGGGUCUUGUCUUUUUCCUGGCUGCUAUAAGACAUGCUGUGCUCAUCUUUCUGUUGUCUGUUGUUGGCUUUGACAGUGCCAACAGUGUCUGGCUGUGUGAACUGUGUUGGCAUUGUCCAACGCCAUGUAUUAUGUCUAGAAACCAUGUCAUGAUUUUUCUUGUGUUCAGGCAGACAUACAUUCAAUACUUGUUUGUUCUCAUUCCAGGUGUGAGCAUGCACAGCUCUGGUCUGCCCUCAGCACCUGCCUCUCUGACUAGUGUCAACAGUAGGUUCUCCUUGGGCUCGGUCUCAUUCUCAACAAGCUAUUGUUUUCAUCCUAAAUGGCACCCUAUUCCCUUUAUAGUGCACUAAUACCCUAUUCCCUUUAUAGUGCACUAAUACCCUAUUCCCUUUAUAGUGCACUAAUACCCUAUUCCCUUUAUAGUGCACUAAUACCCUAUUCCCUUUAUAGUGCACUAAUACCCUAUUCCCUUUAUAGUGCACUAAUACCCUAUUCCCUUUAUAGUGCACUAAUACCCUAUUCCCUUUAUAGUGCACUAAUACCCUAUUCCCUUUAUAGUGCACUAAUACCCCAUUCCCUUUAUAGUGCACUAAUACCCUAUUGCCUUUAUAGUGUACUAAUACCCUAUUCCCUUUAUAGUGUACUAAUACCCUAUUCCCUUUAUAGUGCACUAAUACCCUAUUCCCUUUAUAGUGCACUAAUACCCUAUUCCCUUUAUAGUGCACUAAUACCCUAUUCCCUUUAUAGUGCACUAAUACCCUAUUCCCUUUAUAGUGCACUAAUACCCUAUUCCCUUUAUAGUGCACUAAUACCCUAUUCCCUUUAUAGUGUACUAAUACCCUAUUCCCUUUAUAGUGCACUAAUACCCUAUUCCCUUUAUAGUGCACUAAUACCCUAUUCCCUUUAUAGUGCACUAAUACCCUAUUCCCUUUAUAGUGCACUAAUACCCUAGUACCCUAUUCCCUUUAUAGUGCACUAAUACCCUAUUCCCUUUAUAGUGCACUAAUACCCUAUUCCCUUUAUAGUGCACUAAUACCCUAUUCCCUUUAUAGUGCACUAAUACCCUAUUCCCUUUAUAGUGCACUAAUACCCUAUUCCCUUUAAUAGUGCACUAAUACCCUAUUCCCUUUAUAGUGCACUAAUACCCCCUAGUACCCCUAUUCCCUUUAUAGUGCACUAAUACCCUAUUCCCUUUAUAGUGCACUAAUACCCUAUUCCCUUUAUAGUGCACUAAUACCCUAUUCCCUUUAUAGUGCACUAAUACCCUAUUCCCUUUAUAGUGUACUAAUACCCUAUUCCCUUUAUAGUGCACUAAUACCCUAUUCCCUUUAUAGUGCACUAAUACCCUAUUCCCUUUAUAGUGCACUAAUACCCUAUUCCCUUUAUAGUGCACUAAUACCCUAGUACCCUAUUCCCUUUAUAGUGCACUAAUACCCUAGUACCCUAUUCCCUUUAUAGUGCACUAAUACCCUAUUCCCUUUAUAGUGCACUAAUACCCUAUUCCCUUUAUAGUGCACUAAUACCCUAUUCCCUUUAUAGUGCACGAAUACCCUAUUCCCUUUAUAGUGUACUAAUACCCUAUUCCCUUUAUAGUGCACUAAUACCCUAUUCCCUUUAUAGUGCACUAAUACCCUAUUCCCUUUAUAGUGCACUAAUACCCUAUUCCCUUUAUAGUGCACUAAUACCCUAUUCCCUUUAUAGUGCACUAAUACCCUAGUACCCUAUCCCUUUAUAGUGCACUAAUACCCUAUUCCCUUAUAGUGCACUAAUACCCUAUUCCCUUUAUAGUGCACUAAUACCCUAUUCCCUUUAUAGUGCACUAAUACCCUAUUCCCUUUAUAGUGUACUAAUACCCUAUUCCCUUUAUAGUGCACUAAUACCCUAUUCCCUUUAUAGUGCACUAAUACCCUAUUCCCUUUAUAGUGCACUAAUACCCUAUUCCCUUUAUAGUGCACUAAUACCUAUUCCCUUUAUAGUGCACUAAUACCCUAUUCCCUUUAUAGUGCACUAAUACCCUAGUACCCUAUUAUCACUAAUACCCUAUUCCCUUUAUAGUGCACUAAUACCCUAUUCCUUUAUAGUGCACUAAUACCCUAUUCCCUUUAUAGUGCACUAAUACCCUAUUCCCUUUAUAGUGUAAUAAUACCCUAUUCCCUUUAUAGUGCACUAUACCCUAUUCCCUUUAUAGUGCACUAAAAUACCCUAUACCACUAUUCCCUUUAUAGUGCACUAAUCCCAUUCCCUUUAUAGUGCACUAAUACCACUAGUACCCUAUUCCCUUUAUAGUGCACUAAUACCCUAUUCCUUUAUAGGCACUAAUACCCUAUUCCCUUUAUAGUGCACUAAUACCCUAUUCCCUUUAUAGUGCACUAAUACCCCUAUUCCCUUUAUAGUGCACUAAUACCCUAUUCCCUUUAUAGUGCACUAAUACCCUAUUCCCUUUAUAGUGCACUAAUACCCUAUUCCCUUUUUAUAGUGCACUAAUACCCUAUUCCCUUUAUAGUGCACUAAUACCCUAUUCCCUUUAUAGUGCACUAAUACCCUAUUUCCCUUUAUAGUGCACUAAUAACCCUAUUCCCUUUAUAGUGCACUAAACCCCUAUUCCCUUUAAUAGUGCACUAAUACCCUAUUCCCUUUAUAGUGCACUAUACCCUAUUCCCUUUAUAGUGCACUAAUACCCAUUCCCUUUAUAGUGCACUAAUACCCUAUCUCCCUUUAUAGUGCACUAAGACCCUAUUCCCUUUAUAGUGCACUAAUACCCUAUUCCCUUUAUAGUGCACUAAUCCCUAUUCCCUUUAUAGUGCACUAAUACCCUAUUCCCUUUAUAGUGCACUAAUACCCUAUUCCCUUUAUAGUGCACUAAUACCCUAUUGCCUUUAUAGUGCCUACUACCCUAUUCCCUUUAUAGUGCACUAAUACCCUAUUCCCUUUAUAGUGCACUAAUACCCUAUUGCCCUUUAUAGUGCACUAAUACCCUAUUCCCUUUAUAGUGCACUAAUGCCUAUCCCUUAUAGUGCACUAAUACCCUAUUCCCUUUAUAGUGCACUAAUACCCUAUUGCCCCUUAUAGGCAACUAAUACCCGAUUCCCUUAUAGUGGCACUAAUACCCUCUUCCCUUUAUAGUGCACUAAUACCCUAUUCCCUUUAGAGUGCACUAAUACCCUAUGCCCUUAUAGUGCACUAAUGCCCGAUUGCCCUUAUAAGUGCACUAAUACCCUAUUCCCUUUAUAGUGCACUAAUACCCUAUUCACUUUAAAGUGCACUAAUGCCCUAUUCCCUUUAUCGUGCACUAAUUACCCUAUUCCCUUUAUAGUGCACUAAUACCCUAUUCCCUUUAUAGUGGCACUAAUACCCUAUCCCUUUAUAGUGCACUAAUACCCCUAUUCCCUUUAUAGUGCACUAAUACCCUAUUCCAUUUAUAGUGCACUAAUACCCUAUUCCCUUUAUAGUGCACUAAUACCCUAUUCCCUUUAUAGUGCACUAAUGCCCUAUUCCCUUUAUAGUGCACUAAUGCCCUAUUCCCUUUAUAGUGCACUAAUACCCUAUUCCCUUUAUAGUGCACUAAUACCCUAUUCCCUUUAUAGUGCACUAAUGCCCUAUUCCCUUUAUAGUGCACUAUACCCUAUUCCCUUUAUAGUGCACUAAUACCCUAUUCCCUUAUAGUGCACUAAUACCCUAUUCCCAUAUAUAUAGUGCACUAAACCCUAAUUCCCUUUAUAGUGCACUAAUUACCCUAUGUCCCUUUAUAGUGCACUAAUGCCUAUUCCCUUUAUAGGCACUAAUGCCUAUUCCUUAUAGUGCACUAAUGCCCUAUUCCCUUAUAGUGCACUAAUACCAUCCUUAUAGUGCAUAAUACCCUAUUCCCUUUAUAGUGCACUAAUACCCUAUUCCCUUCAUAGUGCACUAAUACCCUAUUCCCUUUACUACUUAUAAGUAGUGCACUAUAAAGGGAAUAGGGUGCCAUUUGGGACACAGUCAUCGGUCUAGUGAGUGUCUUUUUUAGCUGCCUUUAGCCUCAGUUAUAUAGGGGUAUGUAACUGCAACAACACUAAGUCUCGUUGGUAGAGUUACAUAACUCUGGCUUCUGUUCCCCAUGUGUGGCCAAAAUGGCACCCUAUUGCCUAUAUAGUGCACUAAAUUAGACUAGGUCUCCCCAGUUUAAUAGCCUCAUGCUUGGCACAAGAAUGUAUCAUGACCUUCCCUUUUACCCUAGCUUAGCCUGUGUGUUAGCCCCUAUUAGCCCCUGGCCAACACACACACUGCUUCUUGUUGUGCUGUAUAACAGUGGUAUAUAGAUAGAUAUGCUAAAGCUGUCAGCCUGUUUAAACCUCUUCCCUAUGUUAUAGGUGCAGGCUGCUCCCAGUUGCUUAGAGAGCAGAGCAAUGUAAUGCAUCAGUCUCUGUGAUAGACCAGAGAUAAUAUACACACACACACACACACACACACACACACACACACACACACACACACACACACACACACACACACACACACAGAUAAUGCUGUCCAUUCACACUUUGCUAAUGUAUUUAACCAUGAAAGUCAUUUAUCCUGCAGGGUGAUGUGCUCACCAUAGUGUGUUAUUAUGUUACCCAGGUUCCUGCAAUAAGCUUCUUAUUAUUGAAUGUGUUAUGGUCCUCAGUGAACUUUAAUACAACCUUGAUAUUUUGAUUUGAUAGUGGUACUGUUUAAAUGUACUCUCACAUAUUGAAAUAUAUCCCCUUUACAAAACUCAUUCAGUACCACCUGGGCUCUAAAUUAAAAAUAAAUAAAAAUAAAACAAAGUUAGGAGCACCACAUGACGUUUAGGACUUUUUGUUUUUGUUUUAAUUGAUUGAUACAGCCUAUGUUGGGCCUUUAUGAAUUCUAGCUACUUUUGAAGUACAUGUUGUGCCCUAGAAACUAAUAUGUAACACUGUAUCUACAGUGUCUUCAGGAAGUAUUCACCACCCUUGACUUUGUCCACAUUUUUGUUGUGUUACAGCCUGAAUUUAAAAUUGAUUUAAAUUGAGAUUUUGUGUCACUGAUCUACACACAAUACCCCAUAAUGUCAAAGUGGAAUUAUGUUUUUAUUUUAUUUUUUAUGUGGAAUAAGUCAAGGGGUAUGACUACUUUCUGAAGACACUGUACAUUUGGUUAUUAUAAAAGCUAAAAUGUUUAUAUACCUUUCAUUUGAAAUUACAAAGUCGUUUGUGGAGUAUCAGGUUUCUACAUUGUGUAAAAGCACUAUUUCCCUAUUGAGAUGCAUUACAUUGAAAAUUGUACACUUUCUCUUUAAAAAAAAGGUCAGGUUUGUGAUGAUGACAUGCAAGAGAUUCAUUCAUUCAUUGCUGUGAUCAUUGAUCUGCUGAAGAAGAUAUCCCCCUUCCUUUAUUUCUGUGCGCCGGGCACUGGUGUUGUACUGGUAAAGGUACCAGGUUGUUAGCCAGCAAUGAAGUAACACGAGUGAACAAAGUGUAAACAAAUGGUUAACGAUGUCAACGCGCGAGUAGUUUUGGAGCGGCCCAUGACAUGAACGUCUGCUAUAGGAAGCAACAAAUGUUGCGCCGGUAAUAUGGGUCAGAUCUUUUGACCAGAUUUGUUAUUAUCUGGGAGAUUGUUUUUCAAAGUCGCACAGUGCUCCCAAAAUAUAACUCAUGGUCGCACAGCAAAAUAUUAUGUUGCAUAUGCGACCAGAUUGGUCACGCUUUAGAGUCCUGAGUACCAUUUUAGUAAUUUAGCAGACACUCUUAUCCAGAGCGACUUACAGUAGUGGGACAUUUUCGUACCACAUGCAUGAUGUCGUUUUUUUUUUUUUUGUAGCUCUAUAUACUUCUGUAGAGCUAACUAAAUGGUUCUCCUUGGAUUGUGUUUUACCAAGAUUCCCUGAAGACAAAGCUGAAUGCCUUGCCUUCCCCAGAGAGAGAGAUUACCACGGUCAAUCUGAAGAAAGAUGUGAAGUCUGGCCUGGGUGAGUUCCUCGCUUACUCCGGUGUAGCUUGGAUUGUCAGGACGGGUUUGACAGAUUGGGAAGCAAUAGAUCCAUGGAAACGGGAAUAGAGAAUGCCGAGUUGAUACAAAGACACUGAUAAAUGGCGGUUAGUCCCAGGGCUCUCAGAAGGGUUGUCAGAUCUAGAACAGGCAACCUGCAUAGAAGUGCACUAAGACUGUCAGACCAAAAACAGCCUCAUUUAGUGCUGCUAGCUAUCACUCCACAACAUGUAGCUGUGUUGGACGGACCUCCAACAUGGAGGGAAACACGACUGGGCUACAGCGAUAGGACUUUAGUGGUAGUGAUGGAAGACAUUUUAUGGUUUCUUUUUAUAAGUCUCGCAAUCUGGUGGUUGGCACAUUUAUCGUAGAGAUUUCCAGGGCAUUGAUUCAUGUUCAUCCUAACCUGCUGUCUGUUUUUCGACUACGGCAGUGGUUCUCGGCUGGUUUUUGCCUCGGGACCCAAAUUGAACAAGGUUGUCUCAGUCGCGAUCCAAUACUCGCAUCACGGAAAAAGAAUCGCAAAAAAAAUACUAUCUGGAAAACUAUUUUUACUGCUAUAUUGAUAGUAAAUGUAGCAAUUAUACAAGGGAACAACAUUCCCACCUCUUUCAUUGUCAAUGAAAUGUAGCCCAUGGUCUAGAUGAAGAAUGUUAAUGAACUCCCUGGCUUGGGACUCCAAAAUCAACCAAAAUAACACUGCUUAUAGCUCUAUAUUAAAAAUACUGUGAUUGAAGAAACAUUUUCAGAGAUGUAAUUAUUUUAAAAAAAAAUUAAGUUCAUUAUCAUUUCUACGCACCUUCUACCUGGUUUAAGUCGUUCAGACUGGAGUCUUUUUUUUUUUUUUUUUUUUUUUUUUUACUCAAGACACCUGCGACCCACCUGCGACCCAUUCAAAACCAAAUUUGGGUCGCGUCUUACCAGUUGAGAAGCACUGUACUACAGGGUUUCAGAUAGUAGGGGGGGGGGCAGAACUCUGGUCUUGUUGAUCUGUUCAUACUAACCUGCUGUCUGUCUCGGUCUACUACAGGGUUUCUGAUAGUAGGGGGUGGGGCAGAACUCUGGUCUUGUUGAUCUGUUCAUACUAACCUGCUGUCUGUCUCUGUCUACUACAGGGUUUCAGAUAGUAGGGGGGGGGCAGAACUCUGGUCUUGUUGAUCUUGGCACCUUAAUCAGCUCCAUAACUCCUGGGGGUCCUGCAGAUGUCAACGGCUGCCUCAAGCCAGGUCAGUGAAAAACAAUAACACAAUGCAUUGAAGAAUAAUAAUAAUAAUAAUAAUAUAUUGUAUGAUGAUGAUUAUAUAUUGAAUAAUAAUAUAAUGUAGAAUAAUAAUAUAGCAUCAUUUAGAUAAUGCACUUGAUGUCUAAAAUAUAUUGUACCAUACAUAUUUUUGAAGCCAAAGGUUCUGCUCCUACUUGUGUAAGAUACACUACAUGACCAAAUGUAUGUGGACACCCGCUUGUCCAACAUCUCAUUCCAAAAUCAUGGGCAUUAAUAUGGAGUUGGUCCCCCCCUUUGCUGCUAUAACAGCCUCCACUCUUCUGGGAAGGCUUUCCACUAGAGGUUGGAACAUUGCUGGGGGACUUGCUUCCAUUCAGCCACAAGAGCAUUAGUGAGGUCGGGCACUGAUGUUGGGUGAUUAGGCCUGGCUCGCAGUCGGCGUUCCAAUUCAUCCCAAAGGUGUUCGAUGGGGUUGAGGUCAGGGCUCUGUGCAGGUCAGUCAAGUUCUUCCACACCAAUCUCGACAAACCAUUUCUGUAUGGACCUCGCUUUGUGCACGGGGUCAUUGUCAUGCUGAAACAGGAAAGAGCUUUCCCCAAACUGUUGCCACAAAGUUGGAAGCACAGAAUCAUCUAGAAUGUAAUUGUAUGCUGUAGCGUUAAGAUUCCCCUUCACGGAACUAGGGAGCCUAGCCCGAACCACGAAGAACAGUCCCAGACCAGAUUAUUCCUCCUCCACCAAAUUUUACAGUUGGCACUAUGCAUUGGGGCAGGUAGUGUUCUCCUGGCAUCCGCCAAACCCAGAUUCGUCCGUCGGACUGCCAGAUGGUGAAGCAUGAUUCAUCACUCCAGAGAACGCGUUUCCACUGCUCCAGGGUCUAAUGGUGGCGGGUUUUAUACCACUCCAGCCGACACUUGGCAUUGCGCAUGGGGAUCUUAGGCUUGUGUGCGGCUGCUUGGCCAUGGAAACCCAAUUCACGAAGCUCUUCGACAAACAGUUAUUGUGCUGACGUUGCUUCCAGAGGCAGUUUGGAUCUCGGUAGUGAGUGUUGCAACCGAGGACAGGCAAUUUUUUUUUCACGCGCUUCAGCACUCGUCCCGUUCUGUGAGCUUGUGUGGCCUACCACUUCGUGGCUGAGCCGUUGUUACUCCUAGAGAUUUCCAUUUCACAAUGACAGCACUUACAGUUGACCGGGGCAGCUCUAGCAGGGUAGAAAUUUGACGAACUGACUUGUUGGAAAGGUGGCAUCCUAUGACGGAGCCAAGUUGAAAGUCACUGAGCUCUUCAGUAAGGCCAUUCAACUGCAAAUGUUUGUCUAUGGAGAUUGCAUGGCUGUGGGCUCGAUUUUAUACACUUGUCAGCAACGGGUUGGCUGUAAUGGCCAAAUCCACUAAUUUGAAGGGGUGUCCACAUACUUUUGGAUAUAUAGUGUAUGUAAAUGGUUCAGAAAAGGGUAUUUUGCAUCCAUCAGGAAGCCUUACUUUGUAACUUUCAGAGAGCCGUAUCAUCAUUGUGUGGAAUAGGUAACUCCAUAUUGCUCUAGUAUGUGCAGUGUGGGUGACAGUAUCAGAAUGUGGUGUGUUGUGUUCUGCAGGGGACCGUCUAAUCUCUGUGAAUGAGGUGAACCUAGAGGGCCUCCCCCACUCCGCUGCCAUCGAGGUCCUGCAGAGCGCCCCCGAUGACAUCACACUGGUGGUGUCUCAACCCAAAGAGAGGCUCUAUGAAGGUAGUUAUAGAUGUUUAUGGGCAGUUAUUAGCAGCUAUGUCGUACAUUAUGUAUCGCUCACAGAAAUGCUCUAUGGAGGUAUUUAUGUAGUUAUUAUAGAUUUUUAUGAGUAGUUAUAAGCACCUUUUUGUUGUGCAUUAUAAUCCAUUAUAGUGCUGAGCGAUUAGUGCUUUAGGUCGGUUUCAGUUCGAUGAUUAAAACAUAAUCACAGUUUUCGGUUUUUAUUUAUUUUAACAUUAAAUGAAAUAAUGACAUUACAAAGAUUUUAAUGGUCAUUCCAAAGACAAAAAUAGUGAACAUUCAAUUGCCAAAACAUUGAACAUAUUCCAUUGUCUCUGUCAGGUCCACAUUGGGUAGACAUCCAUAGAAAUGACUAUGAAAUAAUAAAAUAUUUCAGUUGCGUAUAUUAGUUUUUGUUUGAUUACUUUAUUAUUUUUCAUUCCUUAAAGUUAUCAUCUCAUCUCUGCUCAGGCUGUAGCAGUCAGCCAGCCAGGCCAUCUAACGUUAUGCGCUCCCCAUACUGUCCUGUCUUUAGUCAUCCUAUUUAGCUAGCCUGUCUGACAAAAUCAUUUUACUAGUUCUUCAAAGUAAAUAAGGUAUACUUUCACAAACUGUCUCUGUCCCUCUCUCUCGUCGCUGUGUACAUUCCUCUCUCAUUGCGGUCUGUGUGUAUCUAACCUAACGUAGCAGGCGUAAAAGUGUAUCCAUCCAGAGCACUGUAUAUAAUGACGAGAUGCUCAUGUCUCCGCCCUAACAAUGGGAGUUGUUGUCCCAAUGGCUGGAAGGCAGGCGGCAAGCUUAGUCGAGAGUGAAACAUCUCGCUUCACCUCUUCCUCUCUGAUCCGUCUCUGUCUGAGCCGGGAAAAACAGGCGCAAUGGAUUAUGGUCAUUGUAGUUAAUUACCACGUUUCUGCGCUGAACUAGGUUGAAUAUUUGCUUAAUGAAAACUACAUCUCCCUUCAGCCCAGCAUCCCACAUAGUUCUUGACUUGAUUUCUCUCGUGAAUCAUUUAAAUUCUCUCUAGAAAAACGGUGCGUUGGGCUGACAAAAAACAAACAUUAAAUGGAAUUCAAGUAAUUGAACCGACGUCAGGUCAACUAGUUAAUAACCGGAAUAAAGAAACGUCGGUAAAUCAUUCAGCACGAUCCAUUAUGUAUAGCUCCCAGCCCAGAGAGGUAGUUAUGUACUUAUUAUAGAUGUUUAUGAGCAGUUAAAGUACCUUUUUGUCCUGAAUUUUAUUUGUCAAAUGCGCCGAAUACAACAGGUGUAGACCUUACAGUGAAUUGCUUUGUUGUGGAAAUUCUAAUCAAUAAUGAGGAGAGACAAGGUCAAUCACCAAUCAAGAUAUUACUUUAUUCAAAACGUAUUAAUAAGGUAGUAAGUGAGGUGGAGAGCUCUGACAUACAGACAAUACAAAUAUAUUUUAUAGCACAAUACCCCCUCUCACUCUACAUGACAAACAGCAGAUGUUUGGAAUGAGUCAAAAGGUUAGGAUUUGUAUGAAAUAAAUUAAUAAUUCACAGCAGACAGUAUCUGCUAUGAAGACUGUUCUCAUUGUAUGCAAUCCAGGGUUUGGCCCCCAAGACAAGGUUCUUAUCAACAUUACCCGAGCCUGGUACACCAAUUCAGUCCAUGAAAAUGCAGGCUCAGUCAGACCAGAGACAUCUCCAUCUCACACACCAUUAAUCAUGAAAUGGAAAGUGGCAGUUGGUUUUAUCACCUAGUCAUCCCUAAAUCAACUGCCAGGCCCAGCUUCAGAGGUUCCUCUCAGUUCACACAGACGAGAGUUCUAAGAACCCUAUUCUAUUGCAUAAACAGUAUUAAACAUCAUCUUGUUAUUUUUCCACCAUAGCUUACUUACAAGCCCUUAACCAACAAUGCAGUUUUAAGAAAGAUGAGUGUUAAGUAAAAAAUAGAUAAGUAAAAAAUAAAAAUAAAAAAUAAAUAAUUAAAGAGCAGCAGUAAAAUAACAGUAGGGAGGCUAUAUACAUGGGGGUACCGGUACAGAGUAUAUAUAUAUAUUAUUAUUUUUUUGGCUUGGGGGUAGAAGCUGUUAAGAAGUAUUUUGGACCUAGACUUGGCGCUCCGGUACCGCUUGCCGUACGGUAGCAGAGAGAACAGUCUAUGACUAGGGUGGCUGGAGUCUUUGAUAAUUGUUAGGGCCUUCCUCUGACACCGCCUGGUAUAGAGGUCCUGGAUGGCAGGGAGCUUGGCCCCAGUGAUGUACUGGGCCGUAUGCACUACCCUCUGUAGUGCCUUGCGGUCAGAGGCCGAGCAGUUGCCAUACCAGGCAGUGAUGCAACCAGUCAGGAUGCUCACGAUGGUAAAGCUGUAGAACUUUUUGAGGAUCUGAGGACCCAUGCCAAAUCUUUUCAGUCUCCUGAGGGGAAAUGGGCUUUGUCUUGGUGUGUUUGGACCAUGAUAGUUUGUUGGUGAUGUGGACACCAAGGAACUUGAAGCUCUCAACCUGCUCCACUACAGCCUCGUCGAUGAGAAUGGGGGCAUGCUCGGUCCUCUUCUUUUUCUUGUAGUCCACGAUCAUCUCCUUUGUCUUGCUCACGUUGAGGGAGAGGUUGUUGUCCUGGCACCACACGGCUGUCUCGUCGUUGUCGUCGGUGAUCAGGCCUAUCACUGUUGUGUCGUCGGCAAACUUAAUGAUGGUGUUGGAGUCGUGCCUGGCCAUACAGUCAUGGGUGAACAGGGAGUACAGGAGGGGACUGAGCACGCACCCCUGAUUGGUCCCUGUGUUGAGGAUCAGCGUGGCAGAUGUGUUGUUACCUACCCUUACCACCUGGGGGCGGCCAGUCAGGAAGUCCAGGAUCCAGUUGCAGAGGGAGGUGUUUAGUCCCAGGGUCCUUAGCUUAGUGAUGAGCUUUGAGGACACUGGUGUUGAACGCUGAGCUGUAGUCAAUGAAUAGCAUUCUCACGUAGGUGUUCCUUUUGUCCAGGUGGGAAAGGGCAGUGUGGAGUGCAAUAGAGAUUGCAUCAUCUGUGGAUCUGUUGGGGUGGUAUGCACAUUUCUGGGAUAAUGGUGUUGAUGUGAGCCAUGACCAGCCUUUCAAAGCACUUCAUGGCUACAGACGUGAGUGCUACGGGUCUGUAGUCAUUUAGACAGGUUACCUUAGUGUUCUUGGGCACAGGGACUAUGGUGGUCUGCUUGAAACAUGUUGGUAUUACAGACUCAGACAGGGACAGGUUGAAAAUGUCAGUGAAGACACUUGCCAGUUGGUCAGCGCGUGCUCGGAGUACACGUCCUGGUAAUCCGUCUGGCCCUGCAGCCUUGUGAAUGUUGACCUGUUUAAAGGUCUUACUCACAUCGGCUACGGAGAGCGUGAUCACACAGUCGUCCGGAACAGCUGAUGCGCUCAUGCAUGCUUCAGUGUUGCUUGCCUCGAAGCGAGCAUAGAAGUAAUUUAGCUCGUCUGGUAGACUCGUGUCACUGGGCAGCUUGCGGCUGUGCUUCCCUUUGUAGUCUGUAAUAGUUUGCAAGCCCUGCCACAUCCGACGAGCGUCUGAGCCGGUGUAGUACGAUUCAGUCUUAGUCCUGUAUUGACGCUUUGCCUGUUUGAUGGUUCGUCUGUUUGAUGGUUCGUCUGAGGGCAUAGUGGGAUUUUUUAUAAGCGUCCGGGUUAGAGUCCCGCUCCUUGAAAGCGGCAGCUCUACCCUUUAGCUCAGUGCGGAUGUUGCCUGUAAUCCAUGGCUUCUGGUUGGGAUAUGUACGAACGGUCACUGUGCGGACGACAUCAUCGAUGCACUUAUUGAUGAAGCCAGUGACUGAUGUGGUGUACUCCUCAAUGCUAUCGGAAGAAUCCCAGAACAUAUUCCAGUCUGUGCUAGCAAAACAGUCCUGUAGCUUAGCAUCUGUGUCAUCUGACCACUUCUUUAUUGACCAAGUCACUGGUGCUACCUGCUUUAGUUUUUGCUUGUAAGCAGGAAUCAGGAGGAUAGAGUUAUGGUCAGGUUUAGUGAUUUAGUGGUAGGUCUGACUGGCUGAGUUUAGUGGUAGGUCUGACAGUAGUAGUUAGUGGCAGAGCAAUCUUAUAACUAGUAUCCUUUAUGAAUGUAGUUCUAGAUGUUUAUGAGGUGUUAUAAGUGCCUAUGUCACGCUUUAUAAUCAGUAGCAUUGCAAUCACAACCAGUAUUCCUCUCGGUCUCCUCUAGAGUCUCCGUCAGGGUUUGCUCCAUAUAAACCCCAGGCUCCUCUGGCGGUCUCCAGACAGAGACAACAGGACCUGGACUUUGAGUCUUCAUUUGAGGAACAGGAAGCAGGAACAGGCUCCCCCAGCCCUCCUCUCCCCACCACCACCACCACCCCCUUGUCUGUCUCCACUGUCCCACGCCAGGGCAGCCUCCAGUCACAGGACUCCAGGACCGAGAGCACCAAUGCACCCCUCCAGACCCCCGUCAACGGCACCCAACCCCAUCGCACCCCGCCCACUGAAGCUGCCUCAGUACCCGUAUCCAUACUCCAUCACCAGGAUCAAACCAUCAACAUCGCCUUGACCUUCGACCCCCUCAAAGUGGCUCCACCGGCGUUGCCACCCAAAACCAGGAAAGCUAAGAUCCUUAAAGACCCGGACUAUUCAGAUAGAGGGGACUCUGAAAUGGAUGAGGAGACGUACUCUAGUAGUCAAGAGAAACCAAAAUUGAAAAAGGUAGGUAGGGGCUGGUGUGUUCAACAAGAGUUCAACAGGUGCUAGCUCUGUUUCAGUUACCUGUAAUGGAGAGUUUUUUCUCUGGUGAUGUUUUGGUGCUUUUGACAUGUCUGAUAGUCAGUAGGCUACAAGAUUAAAUUAAAGAGCAACAUUUACAGCGAAUAAUGUUGAGAACAUCUUGUGUAUCACCUGAAAACUACCUGGGAAAACAGUCCCUAAUAGUUAGUCAUAUGUUUGUAGGUGUCCCCAAGGUACACUGUACAGUACCACUACAAAGAUGCACGCAGUUAACAAACGACCUCUCAAAUGCUUGACGUUCUUUACAAACUAAUUGCAUGUUUUGCUUAAUCAUGUUAUGGCUACCUGUCAUUGCAUUUUAGAAUUUUAACAAAUGCAAUACAGCGUUAUAGAAUGGCUGCAUCCUUUUGAUCCUUUCCUAUAUGUUAUACUUCCUAUACCAAUUCCUUCCCCUCUAUAAAACAACUUCCUGUUAUUCUCUCUGCAUGUCUGAUGCCUGGCCACAACCCCAACAUUCCAUUUACUGCCAUGUUCUCUGUUUGCAGGAGUUAACUCCUCCUCUCCUCAACGGCAUCAUGGGAGGGUUAAGUGGUAAUGUCCCAGGGGUCAGUAGUCUCUCUCCUGGAGAUCUGUUUGACGUUGAGCUGUCUAAAAAGGACAGAAGCCUGGGCAUAAGUGUCACGGUACUGUUACUGGUUCUGUUACUGGUUCUGUUACUGGUUCUGUUUCUGGUACUGUUUCUGGUACUGUUCGGAAAAGGUUUUCUUCAGGUUUUUUCUUUCCAGGUGACUGGUGUAUGUGUGUAGUGUAUGUGCUGGUUUCGUGUAGCUGUGCUGCUUUCGAAGCUCUGUGGGAUUUGUAGAUUGUCUUGCGUCUCUUUGCAUGCUGAUUUUCUCACAGACAUUUUGAAUGGAUAAGGAUUCACUAAUGGGUGACACUGCCACAGUAGGUACAGAUUACAGAGGGAUAAUUUUACCCUAUGACGACCCACCAGUUUUUAAUUGUGGUAUUAAUCAUUUAGUACUAAUGCCUGCUUAGAUGUUGUGCCGCUGCCUGCUUGACCACUUUGAUUUGCAGAAGUGACCAGCAGUGUGAUUUUUUUCCCCCCCUCUGAAUCAUCUCAAACUUGAUGAUUUAAAAGCCUGCUUUCCUGCAUAAGGCAAACACUAAGGCACCUUACUUAGCUACUCAAAGACCAGAGAUUCAGUCAGUACCAAUACAAAUUCAUAAGAAGAGCACAAUGCCUGUUGUGGCACAUAUUAUUUAUAAUAAUAAUAAUUAUUAUUAUUAUUAUUCAAGGUCUUUAAACUUUAAUCAUGUGAUCUAUCAUGGCGAUCUGUCAUGUUAACAACACCAUUUAGCAAAAUCUGAUACUUAUAAUACAACCCCACUAUAUGACCAUAAAUAAUAACCCCGUAGACAAGAGCCAGGUAGUCCGUGAUCGACAGGAAUACAGCAUUAUACUCCAACUCUGUCUGGUUGACUGUAGUAACAUGACCUGUUCUCCUCAGGGUGGAGUGAAUACCAGUGUGAAGCAUGGAGGUGUUUAUGUGAAAGCCAUCAUCCCGAAAGGAGCUGCAGAACUGGACGGAAGGAUCCAGAAGGGUAAGCUAUAGCACCUGGGUCCUGUUCAGUAAGGCACAACGUAGCAAAACAUUUUAAAACGAGGGUUUCUUUAUUGGAUUGUGUCCAGGUAGACCCCUCCCUGUUUCCAGUCUGUGUUGUUCCAUUUGUUGACCUAAUGAACACGCAUCAGUAGGGAGAAAACAUUUUUGAAACAUUUAGAAACUGGGAGUACUACCUGAACUUGUCCAAUAAGAACACAGAUUUACGUUUUCCGUAGCAAAACCUUGUGCUAUGGUGUACCCUACUGAACAUUGCCCUGAUGGACUACAGCCAGCAUGGAGGAUUCCCACCAAACCUGCUGUGGUAUCAUGUUGUCAGCACCUUGAUGCUUGACUGGUGUUUUCUGAGUCAGACUGUGUUUAUAUACACUCAGUCUACGAAACAUUAACAACUCUCUCCAUGACACAGACUGACCAGGUGAAUCCAGGUGAAAGCUCUGAUCCCUUAUUGAUGCCACUUGUUAACUCUACUUCAAUCAGUGUAGAUGAAGGGGGAGGAGACAGGAUAAAGAAGGAUUUUUAAGCCUUGAGACAAUUGAGACAUGGAUUGUGUAUGUGUGCCAUUCAGAGGGUGAGUGGGCAAGACAAAAUAUUUAAAUGCCUUUGAACGGGGUAUGGUAGUAGGUGACAGGCAUAGGGCUGUUGCGGUGACCGUAUUACCGCCACACCGGCAGUCACGAGUCAUGAAGGCAGUCAAAUUCCACGUGAUGCUGCUGCUGGUCAUUAGUAGCCUAGCAACCUUGCUAACUGCCUGGUACUCAGCACUCUAUUGUCCCUCUAAUCACUCUGACAUCAAUGCAAAUGUCAUCAGAAAUCUAAUCAAACGCUUCAUGAGAGCCCAUGAGCUGAUGUAGCGCAACAUUUCUAUAGGGGGGUGCAACUCAAUAUUAAGAUGUUCCUAAUGUUUUGUACACUCAGUGUAAUACCUGUCUCUCUCUCUAUUGUUACUAGGUGACAGGGUGGUGGCUGUCAAUGGGAAGAAUCUGGAAGGAGCCACUCACAAGCAGGCUGUGGAGACCCUCAGAGAUACUGGAAAGGUCAGUACUUACACAGUCACUGUUAAAGGGAUAGUUCAAUAAGUUUUACCUUAUUUCCACUUACCUAUGGUGUGAUUCAUCCAGACAGUUAGUCCAUUAGCUUGUUUAGCAAGUUCCAGCAUCUAUCUACUAUAUAGGCUGGUGUCCUCUCUCCUGUUCCAGCAUCUAUCUACUAUAUAGGCUGGUGUCCUCUCUACUGUUCCAGCAUCUAUCUACUAUAUAGGCUGGUGUCCUCUCUCCUGUUCCAGCAUCUAUCUACUAUAUAGGCUGGUGUCCUCUCUCCUGUUUGAGACUCCUUGUGCUUUCUGACCAGUGGUGUUACUCUCCGCUCCUCCCCUCUCCUCCACUCCUCCUCCCCUCUCCUCCACUCCUCCUCCCCUCUCCUCCACUCCUCCUCCCCUCUCUUCCGCUCCUCCUCCCCUCUCCUUCGCUCCUCCUCCCCUCUCCUUCGCUCCUCCUCCCCUCUCCUCCGCUCCUCCUCCCCUCUCCUCCGCUCCUCCUCCCCUCUCCUCCGUUCCUCCUCCCCUCUCCUCCGCUCCUCCUCCCCUCUCCUCCGCUCCUCCUCCCCUCUCCUUCGCUCCUCCCCGCUCCUCCCCUCCCCUCUCCUCUCCCCUUCUCCUCUGCUCAUCCCCUCUCCUCUGGUCCUACCCUCUCCUCUGGACCUCCCCUCCCCUCUCCUCUGCUCCUCCCCUCUCCUCUGCUCCUCCCCUCUCCUCUGCUCCUCCCCUCUUCAGAUGGUCCACUUGCUGUUAGAGAAGGGUCAGCUCCCUGCGGACCGUGUCCACGCCCCCCUGACGCCUCAGUGCACCCCUCCCUCUGUGCCCAACGACCAACAGAAACAGGCGCCAGAGCCUACUCAGCCUAAAGCCCAGCCAGAGUACAGCUUCAUCACUGACGGUGAGUGUCCAGUACAGUACAGCUUCAUCACUCAUUGCUUUCUUAUACGUCACCAGCAGUUGCUCGUCUUUGAUUUGUAAUGUAUGACAUUGUGCCCUACUGCCGUUGUGCCCUUGAGCAAGGCACUUAAACCCUAACUUUGCUCCAGGGGCAUUGCUCUGCAGCUGACCCUGUGCUUCUACCAGUCUCUCGUUUGUGUGUCGUGUCCGGGAGAGUUGGGAGUCAAAUACCAGACUGCAAAAAAAAUUCACAUUUUGAUGGACAAUAAAGUUGUCUCGUGUCUUCCUGUCCCCCCCAGACAAUGUAUUUGAGGUGCCCUUGCUGAAGAACUCAUCAGGCCUAGGGUUCAGCUUCAGCAGAGAGGGCACCCUGCCUGACCAGACCACUGGUAACGGCUCCAGCAUGGUCCGGGUCAAGAAGUUGUUCCCCGGGCAACCUGCCGCUGAGAGUGGACGCAUCAACGUGGGUGACGUCAUCCUCCGUGUCAACCAGAUGCCCCUCAAAGGACUCUCGCAGCACGUAUGUCACCUUUUCAAUAUGGAUCAAUUCAGUCAAUCAAUAGGUUAUAUUGGGGUGGGGUUUCAAAUAGAUUUUUCCAGUUGAAAAAACGGACUUUCCUUGUAUGCCAAUAUUAUAUGACUUUAACCAUUUUAUAUUGAAUAUUCUGUUGUGUUUCUCUGCCCUGCCACUAGGAGGUGAUCUCAGCGCUGCGAGGGACCGGGCAGGAGGUGACUCUGCUGCUCUGUAGACCUGACCAGGGGGUCUUAACUGAGACGGACUCCUCUGCUCUGGUGAGAAACUCUACCAGCCACCAGCACCUCUCAUUUGGUCCACAAACUGGGCAAAAUGCCUGCAUUUCUCUUACAGUGAUCACAUAGGACAAUAUGCAAGACAGUUUCCUCACUAUAACCACAUUCACUUUAAGUGGAGUGGAGUGUAUAUUAGUAUUUUUUUUAUAUUUAGUGAGCUUUACACUAAUAUACUUACUGAGUGUAUCUCUUUCACCACUACCCAGACUUCCAUGGCCUCUCCUCGUAAGGAACCAGUAGCCCAGACCCAGCAGCCUGAAUGCAGCCUGGCCAGUCCCAGGACAGCCUCCCCUGUGGGGUCUGAGGGGAUGAGGAACCAGGAUCUGGGACCUGGGCCAGUGGAGGAAGCUCUGGAGAGACCUGGGCCAGUGGAGGAAGCUCUGGAGAGACUGCUCAUGAAGUCCCCCAGCCGACGGGACAGCUACAGCGACAGCACGGAUGAUGAGGAGGUAACGAUUUAAUUGAUCACUGGUAACAAUUGAUAACAAGAACCACAAUAGAUAUGGGUUGUGUUGGCUUUGAGUUUUUAAUCGUCAAUGAUGUGCGUAUUGUUUCACUCGGCUGAGGCAACUGUACAUUUGUCAAAUUCACAAAUGACUAAACAAUGGAUUUAUUCAUUCAUUAGUUAAUUAAUUAAUUUGUUAAUUUAUUCAGGUGGAGGAGGCCUUCAGCCCCUCUCUGGAGCAGGGCCGACAAGCCUGGGACCGUAGUAUCUACCAGACCCCCAGCAGUAACCUCACUCUGGGGAGGCUCCGCCAGUAUGAGACCCCCUGUGAGCUGGAUGACACCAUCCGCUCUGCCUACUACUCUCCCAACCUGUCACUGGCCAACCUCAGCAGAAGGUAAUGAUUAGAUCCUACUGCUGAUUUUACUCAUGAUAGCCUGAACCCAGAGAGGGAUAGCCUGAUCCCAGAUCUAACAUAAUCUAACAAAGAAGGAUUCAUGAGUUAGCCAGCUAACCUGCCUAAAUGUUCUGAAAUAACGUUAUACUUUUUAGAAAGAUAAGCUUGAAAUGGUCGUGGUCUAAUCGACUCAAGAACCAAAAACGCAUAUCUAAGUUGAGCUUUCUUAGGCUGCGUUUACACAGGCUGCCCAAUUCUGAUCUUUUGCCCAAUUAUGAUCCAAAGACCAAUUAGUAGCAAAAAAUAUCAGAAUUGGGCUGCCUGUGUAAAUGCAGCCUUAAUGAACCAGAAAAUCUAUAGUUAUUUCUGGUUGUUUAUCAAAGUUAGCUGGCUAAUGCAUUGAUCAUGCUUUGUAGUAUACCACUCAGAUCCUAGAUCUGUUUGUGCUGGGAGUUGGCAAGACGGCACAAAUAGAUCAGGGAUCAAGUUAAGUUAAUGACAGUUCUAUUUCCUCCUCUGAUAACAUUUCCAGUUGUCUUUGGAAGUGUUUGUAGACGAUUAUGAUGUAAUUUCUCUGCGAUAACAAUCACAAGAUUAUUAUGUCUCUUUCCCCCAGAGGCAAAUGCAGUGACGCACAUUGCUAGCGUAACCAAUGAGAGGUGAUAUAGUUUCCAGGUCAUUAGUACCGUAACCAAUGAGAGGUGACUCACUGCAGUCAGAUGGGGUUCGUUCAGUCGAGGUGAAACGUAAUGAAAAGAGCUCAGCUGACAGUUUUUUAUUCUACCUGACAGACAAUAAUAUUGUAUGAUCUGUUCUACACAAGUUAUUUCUAUGUUAACGUUAUAGACUAGGAAUGUCACCUCCGUUUUCCCAGGUCACUGUGCUUCAGCUUCUGCUUGCUCUUUGGGGUCUAAACCGGGUCACUGUAUAGCACCUCGUGACGACUGCUGAUGUAAAAAUGACUUAUUUGAUUGAUUCCUUCUGUUCUGUUUCCGCAGGUGUCCCUCCUCCUCCCCUCUGACCCCUGACCUGGCCACCACCCCUCAACGAGAAGCCCCCAGUCCCGACCCCCUGCCUCCCCCUCUACCACCGCUCUUCAACCUCACCCACACCCUGCCAGACAACAGACAAGACAUGGACGAGUUUGUGCCGGUAAGAGCAGGGGAACACUAGGACUGUCUGAAAACACAAGUACUUCGACCGUCCUGGUUUCCUCCAUUCCUUGCCUCUCUCUCAAAGCACAUUGGAGGAGGAGGUCCAAGGGAACCUCUCAUGGGCAGAGGAAGCAAGGAUUUAAUGUGCAUUAUCCAUGUAGUUAUGUAACUAUGUAGUAUUUAGUCUGUUGUUCAUCAUUUUUAGCAGAGUUUGAUUCCAACGGUGUUUGUUUACCUCUAUCUGUGUGUUAGGACGUGGAGCUGAAAGUGUCCCUUGUGAAGUCUGAGAAAGGAAGCCUGGGGUUUACUCUGACCAAAGGCAAUGACCUGGGCUGUUACAUCCAUGACAUCAUCCAGGACCCUGCCAAGGGAGACGGCAGGCUGCGGCCCGGGGAUCGCAUGAUCAUGGUACACAACUACUGAACACUCACUCUGGGGCGCUCUCAAUUUGGCUUUCCUUGAUUCCUCACCUCCUCCUCCAUUUUAAGAAGGAUGUGAGGAGUGAGAGUUCGGAUCUCCACCUCCAAUGCAGUUUGAGGACACACGGAGAGAGGAUUGCGAGGAAUUGAAGACAGACAAAUUGAUAGUCUUGUUGAACACUCUCUGUCAUGCUAUAUCACAAGAAUUCCACCUGUAGCUCUUUGCUAACUUUGCCUCUUCCUCCUUCAUCCUACCAUCCUCCUCUCUCUCCCCCCUUUCAGGUGAACAACAAAGAUGUGUCCAACAUGGGCCACACUGAGGUGGUGAACCUGGUGAGAGCGGCCCCCAGGGUGGUAGAUCUAGUGGUAGGAAGGGUCCUGGAGGCCCCUAAACCCCCCAUAGAGGCACACCUACUGCCUGACAUCUCCUUCCAGUGCCCUGACCAAACAUUAGGUAAGAGAGAUAUAGAGAUAUUUAUCUAUUUAGACUGCCUAAAGUUAUCUACUUAACUAAUGUGUAUCAUCCCUCUUCAACUGUUGAACUGUUGAAAAUAUACCAAAAUGCCACUGUUUUGGUUUUGGGUUAUCAACCUCAGCGAUAAUGAUCAUUGUAAAGAUAACAUGUCACAUGGGCAGUGCUCAUGUCCCGGGGGCCAAGAAAGCACAAGAUGUAAGGGUGUUAGAUUGCAGUUUGAAAGGAAUGUGUGGUGGGGUUUUUUUUGGACCAUAAAUAAGCUUUCACUGCCUCGCUGUGGUGUUUUAGGCGACAGCUUUUGGUUCAGAAGGUCAGGGUUGUGUUCAGUAGGCACCAAACAGAAGAAAAUGGACUGAAACCGGUAGGACCUAGCUGGACUUCACUUUUCCGUAGCGAAACAUUUUAAAACAUAUUUUCUCUGCAGGGCUGGUGUUGGACGGGGGGACAGUGACCGUGUAUAUGGGGUGUUGUUCAUGAAGCUUAACGUUGUUGUAUCUCUCCCUACAGGUCUAGUAUUGGACAGGGGAAGUGACUGUGUGUAUGGGUUAGAAGUCUUUCUGGGUCCGAAAACUUGGAUCCGAGGAUAAUCAUACACGAACGGACUCGAGAACAAUCAGACCCAAACCCAAAUGGACCCCGACGACAACCAGACCUAGCUAGACCUAACGGGUACAGGUCUAGACCAGACCCAAUUGGACCCUAGUGACAAUCUUUUUUUAAAUCAGCCAAGUUGAUCUUAGAACUUCAUAUGUUGGCUAGGCCUUCCAUAAGUCAAUAAAUUCACCUUAUUAGCGUAGAAUAAAUAUGCUAUAGACUAGACCCAAGACCCGACGACAAUCAAACAGGAUCUGACCCAGAACCGAGGGAAAUGUUAGAAUUUUGGACCAGGACCCUGUCGGGUAUUCAGGUUCGGGUGGACCCGUGAAGACCUCUAGUUACAGGGUGUUGUUCAUAAAGCUUAACGUUGCAACUCUCCCUACAGGUCUAGUAUUGGACGGGGGCAGUGACAGUGUGUACGGGGUGUUGUUCAUAAAGGAGGUCCUGCCUGGCUCGGCGGCGCUGAUGGAGGGCAGUCUGAGGCCCUUAGACCUGGUCCACUAUAUCAACGGAGCUCCAACUCUGGACCUGACCCUCAAUGAGAGCUGCAGGCUGCUGGAGAUCUCCCUCAGGGAGCUCACUAUCAAAGCUACAAGGUACACUUAACCCUCACCCUGAAUUCCAAAUAGACCCCUAGCCCCUACACAUUUUCUUCAGGAAAUGUCCUUUACUAGUUAACAUUAUCAAUCAAUUUCUGUGCAAGGCAGUCCUUGCCAGCUAGCGCCAAAGAGGUUUGAAACUGAGAGACUCAACAAAUGAUUACUUCCUGUAAUGCCCUCUUCAGAACCCCGUCCAAGAAGUACAUGUGCUCAUUAUGCUUGGCCUAGCUAUGUUGAUCUCAUAUCUUUCUUUUCCCUCCAGGGAUGGGAAACCAGUUUCUCCAGGACAGAAGAGUAUUUCAUUUCUCAACAACAACGUCAGCCCUGAAGUCUCCACCAGCCUGAAUGGUAAGAACUUGUAGAAGCCUAUCCAUACAAAUCGUUGAUUUUAUCCUUUGAAAGAUUUGCUGAAUGUGUAUAGCAUUCUGGUACACACAGUACAUCACUCAAGUUCUCUUACCUUCUUCACAGUGCCUUCAGAAAGUAUACACACCCCUCUACUCUUUCCACAUUUUUGUUGUUACAGCCUGAAUUUUAAAUUGAUUAAAUUUAGAUUUUGUGUCACAUGAUUAUUAAUUUUUUAGGACUACCCAAUCUCCGUACCCCAGACAUACACAGAUUCAAGCACAAAGACCAAGGAGGUUUUUCAAUGCCUCGCAAAGAAGGCCACCGAUUGGUAGAUGUGUAAAAAAAAAAAAUUUUUGCUGAAUAUCCCUUUGAGCAUGGUGAAGUUAUUCAUUAGGCUUUGGAUGGUGUAUCAAUACACCCAGUCACUACAAAGAUACAGGCAUCCUUCCUAACUUAGUUGCCGGAGAGGAAGGAAACUGCUCAGGGAUUUCACCAUGAGGCCAAUGGUGACUUUAAAACAGUUACAGAGUUUAAUGGCUGUGAAAGGAGAAAACUGAGGAUGGAUCAACAACAUUGUAGUUACUCCACAAUACUAACAUAGAUGACAGAGUGAAAAGAAGGAAUUAUGUACGGAAUACAAAUAUUCCAAAACAUGCAUCCUGUUUGCAACAAGGCACUAAAGGAAUACUGCAAAAAAUGUGGCAAAGCAAUUAACUUUUUGUUCUGAAAACAAAGUGUUACGUUUAGGGCAAAUCCAAUACAACACAUUACUGAGUACCACGCUCCAUAUUUUCAAGCAUAGUGGUGGCUGCAUCAUGUUAUGGGUAUGCUUGUAAUCAUUAAGGACUGGGGAGUUUUUCAGGAUAAAGAAACGGAAUGGAGCUAAGCACAGGCAAAACCUGGUUCAGUCUGCUUUCCACCAGACACUGGGAGAUUAAUUCACCUUUCAGCAGGACAAUAACCUAAAACACCAGGCCAAAUAUACAUAUACGUAUUGCUUACCAAUACGACAUUGAAUGUUCCUGAGUGGCCUAGUUAGUUUUGACAUAAAUCUGCUUGGAAAUCUAUGGCAACACAUGAAAAUGGCUGUCUAGCAAUAAUCAACAAUCAACUUGACAGAGCUUGAAGAAUUUUUAAAAGAAUAAUGUGCAAAUAUUGUACAAUCCAGGUGUGCAAAGCUCUUAGAGACUUACCCAGAAAGACUCACAGCUGUAAUUGCUGCCAAGGGUGAUUUUAACAUGUAUUGACUCGGGGGUGUGAAUACUUAUGUAAAUUAGAUAUUUCUGUAUUUCAUUUUCAAUACAUUUGCAAACACUUCUAAAAACAUAUUUUCACUUUGUUAUUAUGGGGUAUUGUGUAGAUGGGUGAGAAAACAACAUCAAUUUAAUCCAUUUUGAAUUCAGACUGUAACGCAACAAAAUGUGGAAUAAGUCAAGGGGUAUGAAUACCUUCUGAAGGUGUAUGUUAUGAACAAUACAUAACGCUGGUAUGUUGUUGUUGAGUGUGAUGGACUCCUCCCCCCCCCCCGUUACAGAUUAUGUCUAUGGGGCAGAUCGCAGAGAAACAGAGGCCUUAUCUACGCUAUGUCUUCUAGAGGUAACUUCACCUGCCCUGCUUUAUUCAGUCUACUGCACAAUACUUUCCCAUUAUUAGAUAGAUUUCGAUUACACUUUGCUUUACAUGUGACUAUAGCAACUGAACUUCAAUCACUUACACACAUUUAAAUUGCAUUAACUUGCCUAUAACAAUAUGUAAUUGCAUUAACUUGGCUAGAGAGAGAGUUUAUUAGUUAAAUGCACAGGGUUGCAGAUGUGAAUGUAGGGUACGGUGAAAGUCUUAAGCUCCGAGCUCCAACGGGGGGGGGGGGGAGCAUGUAGCUGACUAGUGGUGACUAUUCAGCAUUAUAAAUGUCAAUUGGGUGGGGGCAGGGUAAAUGUCCUAAUGGUCUGGGGGUAGAAGCUAUUGGCCAAUCUUAGUUUUUGCCAUGAAGCUCCUAUACUGCCCGCAUCUGAAUCCAAUCAAAUGUUAUUUGUCACAUGCGCCUAGACUUGGCGCUCCGGUACCGCUUUCUGUGCAGUAGCAGAGAGAACAGUCUAUGACUUGGGUGACUGGAGUCUUUGACCAUUUUUAAGGCCUUCCUCUGACACUGCCUGGUAUAGAGGUCCUGGAUGGCAGGAAGCUUGGCCCCAGUGAUGUACUGGGCCAUAUGCGCUACCCUCUGUAGCGCCUUGCGGUCGGAUGCCAGGAGUCCAGUUGCAGAGGGAGGUGUUUAGUCCCAGGGUCCUUAGCUUAGAGAUGAGCUUUGAGGGCACUAUGGUGUUGAACGAUGAGCUGUAGUCAAUGAACAGCAUUCUCACAUAGGUGUUCCGUUUGUCCAGGUGGGAAAGGGCAGUGUGGAGUGCAAUAGGGAUUGCGUCAUCUGUGGAUCUGUUGGGCCGGUAUGCGAAUUGGAGUGGGUCUAGGGUUUCUGGGAUGAUGGUGUUGAUGUGAGCCAUGACCAGCCUUUCAAAGCACUUCAUGGCUACAGACAUGAGUGCUACGGGUUGUUAGUCAUUUAGGCAGGUUACCUUGACAUUCUUGGGCACAGGGACUAUGGUGGUCUGCUUGAAACAUAGGUAUUACAGACUCUGUUCGGGAGAGGUUGAAAAUGUCAAUGAAGACACUUGCCAGUUGGUCAGCGCAUUCUCUGAGUACACGUCCUGGUAAUCCGUCUGGCCCUGAGGCCAUGUGAAUGUUGACCUGUUUAAAGGUCUUACUCACCGGCUGUAGAGAGCGUGAUCAGUCGUCCGGAACAACUGGUGCUCUCAUGCAUGCUUCAGUGUUGCUUGCCUCGAAGCGCGCAUAGAUGUCAUUCAGCUCGUCUGGUAGGCUUGCGUCACUGGGCAGCUCGCGACUGGGCUUCCCUUUGUAAUCCGUGAUAGUUUGCAAGCCCUGCCACAUCUGACGAGCGUCAGAGCCGGUGUAGUAGGAUUCAAUCUUAGUCCUGUAUUGAUGCUGUGCCUGUUUGAUGAUUCGUCGGAGGGCAUAGCGGGAUUUCUUAUAAGCGUCCCCGCUCCUUGAAAGUUGCAGCUCUAGCCUUUAGCUCCGUGCAGAGUGAUGGAAGCGGGGAGAACUGUCCAUGGCUGGGGUCCCUGAUUAUCUUCUUGGACUUCCUGCGACACCUGGUGUUGUAGGUGUCCUGUAGGGCAGGCAGUGUGCACCCAAUGGUGCGUUCGGCUGCACGUAUCACCCUCUGAAGAGGCUUGCGGUCUGCGGCUGUGAUGCAGCCCGACAGUAUGCUCUCGAUGGGGCUCCUGUAGAACACGGCGGUGCAGUUGCCGUACCAGGCUGUGAUGCAGUCCGACAGUAUGCUCUCGAUGGGGCUCCUGUAGAACACUGAGGGCCCUCGGGGACAGGCCGGAUUUCUUCAGCCCCCUGAGGUUGAAGAGUCACUGUCAUGCCUUCACCAAGGGUGUCUGUGUGGUUUGACCAUUUCAGCUCCUCGGAGAUGUGUAUGCUGAGGAACUUUACAUUUUUUUUGACCGUUUCCACGGUGGCCCAGUUGAUGGCUAUAAGGAUAUGUCCUUUAGUAGUCAAUAAAAGAUGGAGACUAAAGCGUUCUGAUCUGUGCGAGUUGAUGACUCCAACCUCUGUGUGUGUCUUUCUGAGAUUUUCCAUUGCCCCUGGACAUUGGCCAGUGAAAGUAAUAUUCUAAUUGUGUUUUGUUGUGCUUCCAGGAGGAGAUCAUUCAGUUGGACCUGGACAAGCCUGCAGCAGGAGGCCUAGGCUUCUCUGUUAUCGGAGGAGAGAGGGGCAUCUUUGUCAAGUCCAUCACCCCUGGUGGCAUAGCAGAUCGUACAGGACGGCUGCAAGUGGGGGAUAGACUGCUCAAAGUGAGUCUGAUCUACUGAGGUCUUUUCGAUGUAACAACAGCUGUUGUCCACUAGGUGGUGAUAUUUGACCGUAACUCAUCUGAAUGCAGGGUUGUGCACUAGGGCACGCUGUAAUAAAUGUUUUACAACAGCAAAACGAAAAUAUUUGUUCUCAUUGGACAAAUUCAGGCAUUACCUCCCUGUUUCACUCCAUUUCAAAACGUUUCACCCUACCAAACAUGACCCAGCUCUGAGGUUUCCAGCUGACGAUGUCUCUAUCCACAGGUGAACGAGGAGCUGAUGACUGGCGUGUCUCACACUAAAGCUGUCACCACUAUCCGAAAGGCCAAAGGACUGGUGCACCUCAUAGUGUCCAGACCGCCGGACCAAAACCCCAACACCUACCUGUCCUACCUCCCCAUCAACUCUGACGAAUGCAACGGCAACGCUGACGACGCCGACGACAGUGGAAUGAAGACUAAACUGUGUGGUCUGCCUAAUGAGAACAGUAGCCCUCCUGACAUACCGCCAAUAGGUAGGAUUACUACUCUUUUAUCCGUACAGAUCUGUGUGUUCAAAAGUUACAAUUUUUCUGACGCCUGCUCCUCCACACUGUGUUAGAGCACAAGCCAGUUUGACUGUCUUCUUCCCUCCUGUGACGGCCUCCCCAGACUAUGAUGUAGGUUCAACGGAGCGGAGGAGGAGAGACGGUGAGGUGGAGAACACUGAUCUGUGUGAAGACACAGACCGUGACGGCUCCUCUCUACCAGAGGACUCUCCUGAGGUGGGUACAUACUCUGGGGAGGACCUGCCUCUGAGGCGGGGGCUAUUCAACUACAGUCCUAGAGGGUCAAAACACUUUUUUUUUUUUUUUCUUCUACAUUGUAGUUUAAUUCCAUUCACAUCUGUUUCUGUGUUGUGUGGAAUUCCAGACCUCCCGGAAAGCCGACUGGAAAGAGGAAAGUGUAGACGACCCACUGAAUGAGAGGUAAGUGGGGGCUCCAGUAUUUUGUUCUGUUCCAGAAUACUGUGACUGAAAGUCCCCAGGGGACAUUUUUGUAUAUUUUUUAAAUGUCAAAUCGUAUGUUCCUUCCCAGCUACAUGCAGAUGACAUCAGAGGUUCCGGAAGAGGAUGAGAUUACCUGGGGGAGUGACGAGCUGCCUAUAGAGAAUAUUACCUGGAAAUUCACUGACGGUAAGCUGUCUAUAGAGAAUAUUACCUGGGGGAGUGACGAGCUGCCUAUAGAGAAUAUUACCUGGACAUUCACUGACGGUAAGCUGUCUAUAGAGAAUAUUACCUGGGGGAGUGACGAGCUGCCUAUAGAGAAUAUUACCUGGAAAUUCACUGACGGUAAGCUGCCUAUAGAGAAUAUUAACUGGAAAUUCACUGACGGUAAGCUGCCUAUAGAGAAUAUUAACUGGAAAUUCACUGACGGUAAGCUGUCUAUAGAGAAUAUUAACUGGAAAUUCACUGACGGUAAGCUGUCUAUAGAGAAUAUUAACUGGAAAUUCACUGACGGUAAGCUGUCUAUAGAGAAUAUUAACUGGAAAUUCACUGAGCGUGAACACCGCACCCAACAACUCAACCUCACCAAUUUCGAUGCCUAACGUUAAUUAACCUUUUGGAUCUGCCGAUUUUGAAUAUCCUCUUCCAAAUAUACAAUUAAAUUGAUUUUCUUGAGUGAGUGGUUAGGUAAGUCUCUGGUUAGGUAAGUCUCUCAACAUGAUCAUCCCCUCCCCAGAUAAACCCAUCAUUACAGAGGAUGAGCUGACCUCUCUGCCCCUGGUGAAAGUGGUCCCUGAUGGACAGUACACUAGGGCCAAGCUCAACACUGUGGUGCGUAUGCUGAGGGGCCUGCUUGAACAGAAGAUCCCUUUGCAGGAGUUUGAGGUACGAACUGUCUGUCUGAUCUAGACAAGUAUAGAAACCUCACAUCACGUGUCAAACCCAUUCCACGGAGGGCCGAGUGUCUGCGGGUUUUCACCCCUCCCUUGGACUUGAUGAAUUAAGGUCACUAAUUAGUAGGGAACUCCCCUCACCUGGUUGUCUAGGGCUUAAUUGAAAGGAAAAAACCUGCAGACACUAGGCCCUCCGUGGAAUGAGUUUGAUACCCUGCAUUAAACGGCCUCAGCUAUAUCCCCUCUUCUUCUUCUUCUUCCAUAGUAUGUAGCUCUAAAGAGAAUACGCUUUUUGUGUAGCGCUGAUCUUUAUUAUUGUGGCUGCUGCCGUUUUGACUUUUAUUAAUUCUUGCAAAGUGUACAUAUAAAAAAAUUGCAUAGAAAAUAGCAUAAGAAAACACUCACUUAGAUGCAUAAUACAUGACAUCAAUAUAGUACAGGACAUUUUUUAUUUUCUUCAAAAAUUACUUAUUUGUGUCCAUGGGACUGAGAUUUAAGGCCAAUUUAUACUUCUUCUCUCACCAGAAUCUACAGAAUCUACAGCCGCUGGAUGACUGUCUAAUUGGUCAGACGAAGGAAAACAAGAAAAAGAAUCGUUAUAAGAACAUUGUCCCUUGUAAGUGCACACUUUAGAUCGAAUGUCACAACGAAAAUAGCGUCAUCACCUGAGUAAGUGUUUUAACUGGGAAAUAGUGCAUCUCGUGUGUCAAUAUUCCUCCGCAUCUACUUCAAUAAUAGCCCAGUGCAGUAGAAAACAAGCCCAGUCAAACCUUCUCCUGUGUUUUCUCUUGUUUCUCCAGUUGAUACCACCAGAGUGAUCCUGGGUAAAGAUGGCGGCUACAUAAACGCCAACUUUAUCAACAUGCCAGUGAAGGACGAGAACUUCAUGUACAUUGCUUGUCAAGGACCCUUACCCACCACUCUGGGUGACUUCUGGCAGAUGAUCUGGGAGCAGAAAUCCAAUGUCAUCGCUAUGAUGACCCAGGAAGUGGAAGGGGGAAAGGUGAAAUGUCAACGGUACUGGCCCGACACCCUGCAGACGGCUGAGAUGGUGGACGAGAGGCUGCAGAUCACCCUGGUCAAAGAUCAGCACCUGGACCACUUUGUUAUCCGUCUCAUCGAGGUCAAAGAUAUCCAGGUGAGACUUAACGUAAGGUAUAAGGACAGGAGUAAUGGCCCCAGAACAGAGCCUUGCAGGACUCCAUACUUAACCUUGAAGUGAUUUCUUUUUGAUAUAAUUUUACUUUAUUACCAAGUAAAUGUAAAGGACCGGACGUGUAUUUUGUAUUUAGUAAUAAGGUUAAACAAACAAACAAAAGCCAGUGCAUAAUACUCCUGAGUGGCGCAGUGGUCUAAGGCACUGCAUCACAGUGCUAACUGUGCCACUAGAGAUCCUAGUUCGAAUCCAGGCUCUGUCGCAGCCGGCCGCGACCGGGAGACUCAUGGGGCGCCGCACAAUUGGCCCAGCGUCGUCCAGGGUAGGGGAGGGAAUGGCCGGUAUUCACGAACUGUAAGUCGCUCUGGAUAAGAGCGUCUGCUAAAUGACUAAAAUGUAAAAUGUAUAAUCAUUGAAUGAUUUGGGUACUGUGCAAUGCAUUCAGAGCAUCAGAGUGAUAAUAAUACCCUAUUCCUCUUCUUCCCCUCCUGUUCUAGACCGAAGAGAUUCAACGCGUCACCCACCUGAACUAUACCGGCUGGCCAGACCACGGUACCCCCUCGCAGCCUGAGCAGCUGUUGACGUUCAUAUCCUACAUGAGGCACAUCCACCAAUCAGGACCCAUCAUCACGCACUGCAGUGCAGGGAUUGGCCGAUCCGGAACCCUCAUCUGCAUAGACGUGGUUCUAGGCCUCAUCAGUAAAGAUGUUGAUGUAAGUAUGGUGACAAGCCUAUAGCUUUUAUAUAGCUUUUAUUAUGCUAGAAAUGUCCAACCACAUUUUAGUUCUGUUUCUGAGAGAAUGUUUUUUAAAACACUUUUGUUUUCAGUUUGAUAUUUCAGAUGUGGUACGUAACAUGAGACUGCAGAGACAAGGAAUGGUACAAACAGAGGUAACUUUACAAUUUUAAGUAAUUUCAGUUGUACAUUUUUAUACAACUACAAUAUGUUUGAUCUCUUUAAAGAGCCUGUAGUCUACAUACUAUGCUAUUUCUGCAUGAAUAAUAAUAUACAUAUUCUCUCAUUUGUGUUUGCUCCACACAGGAACAAUACAUCUUCUGCUAUCAAGUGAUCUUAUACGUGCUCCGAUGUCUUCAAGCAGAGGAGAAAAUCUCAGGAUAGAAACCCUUUUUAAAGUCCCAGUGCUGUACACAACAACGUCCUCUCCUGAGAUUUUGUGAGAGCAGAACUACGCACACUGGAGAGUUGACACAGCACCUUGAAGACAGAACAGAACCAAGCGGUGGGUUUACAAAAACCACUGCUCAACCAACGUUCAAUAAAUGCCUUAAAACAUUCUGGGCUUGUGUCCCGGAACAAAGAUCAAGCCUAGUCUUGGAUUUACUGGUACUUUCAAUAGAGAAUCUCCAUUUAGCAUGGUUCUUAGUCUCAGAACUAGGCUUAAUCUGUGUCU